AGUUGGUGCUGGACUGUCUGCGAGUCUUUACUGAGUGGAGUCUUUACUGAGUGGAAGGUUGAUCCUCUAUUUUCUGGACUACACUUGCGGCCUUGUAUCAGAGUUUUUCAAUGCAGUUUUUCCUCUCAUUUUACGUGCCCUGCUGGUUUCAGCUAGUGUAAGUGUUGUCAUUAUGAUUUCCAAAAUUCUGUAAUUUUUUUUUUUGUUUUUUUAUCAAAGAUGGUUGAGUAGUUACUACACAUUACUAUAGAAAUUGUGUGCUUUUUAUGAGACCUGUCGUUGUCUUCUGCAGACACCUGUUGAAUCACUUUUCCCCAUCUUAUUGUGUUUUGUGCUGUUCUCCCCACAAACAAAAUUUGGGAAGGUACGGCGUGCAGUAAGGCUAGGUUCGGUGUAAAACUUUAGGAUUCUGUAUGCUAAAUAAAAUCCUUGAACACAAUUACAAUAGAAUUAACACAGUGCCAUGUUAAAAGUAGACAAACAUACAUCGUGCUUUAGUGGCUGUUUAUAUUUAAUUUUUCCUCUCCUUUCUACUGCAUACUUCCAAUGGGCACAAGUAUCUUUAAAGUGAUCCUAUAGUGCCAGGAAAACAAACCUGUUUUCCUGACACUAUAGGGUUAAUCAGUCUCCCCACUUGGGGGCCCCAAUCUCACAGGGCUGAAUGGGUUAAAACUUACCUGAAUCCAGCGCCAAUGCCUUUUGGUAAAUUAAAUAUACAUCUUGUAGCCGCUUAGAAGAUAGCUCCCUAAUUCCCACGGUAUUAAGGAGCUAUCUUCUAAGCGGCUACAAGAUGCAUUCUAAUAAAAUUUCGAACUGACGAAAAAGUAUGCCGAAUGCCGCCUUAACAUGAAUGAACAAACUCUUUUCAUUCUGUUAGGACGAAAUUCGGUAGUUUCGCGGGUGUUCUGUCUAAAUGACAGGACGUUCGGAAAUAGUGAGAGGAGGCAUCGCAAGAUCACGCGAGAUCACGGAGGAGAGGUGAGAAUUGUGGGAAAUUGCUCUGACCACAGGAAAUGGUCAAGCGUAGGAAAAAUACAUAAGACAAAGUAGUCCCUUUUGUUGAAAACUAGAUCAGAUAGGAAGAAACAGACAACAGGUCCUGAGAGGGAGAGAAGAGGAAGCGAUUUAAAGAAGGGUAAGUUCAGCAUGACGGUGCCGCUUUCGAGCUGCACUGUGAUGUUUUACAUUGCAGCACUAAGUGCAAAAGGGUCACAGCACCCAGACUACUUCAUUUAGAUGAAGUGGUCUUUGUGCCUACAGUGUCCCUUUAAAUAUACUGUCCCUCUUUACUAGAAUCUCCAUGUUUCCGUAGAGCUCUGAUGAUACUCCCUGUAAUGUGUCUUUAAAAUACAAUACAUGGGGGCGGAGUCUGACCACUGACUGGAUCAGACAUGCUUUGCCUGAGCUCCCGCGUCUGUGCAGCUAAACUGAGGCUUAUUCCGAACCACAACAAGGAACUGACCCAAAACAGUGACCAAACCACUCACCAGCCUAUGCUGAAUGCACUGAUACCACUUUCGACCCGACACCGGUGUAUAGCUACCCCCACCCCCCCGGUGGGGGUUAUCCCGGUCCCCCCGGGCAACAACCCAGGGCUACCGAAAGGCUCCAGCACCAGCCCUGCAGCGAAGUGCAAGUGGGGUGGCCUACCACAAGAUGGCCAACAACUUCCAGUCAUGUGCAUGCCUAAAGGGCGAGAGGACUCUGAACCAAAGUAUGCCCUCACCUCAGACUGCGUCCGCACUCACCCUCUGCCUCCAAGAUAAACCUGCAGGAUCCACAGUGCAACCAGCGGCGCUGGCAGUAUAGAGUAAGCGGGGCGAAGAAGGGCGGUCGGAGAGCAGGCCCCCCCACCCCGGGCAAUCCUUAUAAAGCAAGCUCCCAGCCUCACACGAUGGGCCCACCUAGGCUGAAGACCACACGGGGAACAGCCCCAGAGCAACGGUAACAGCAGCAGCUGACCCAACGUCAUAGAGAGCGUCACCCAAUCGGGACAAGCUGCAGCCCCCCACAAGGGCAGAACUUGGCCUCCCACGAGAGAACCCUCGAGACCGGAGGAUGCAGGCCUUCAUGAAGGCCCAAGGCUCUGGGCGACUCCACCUGAACGCACUUUUCCACCUAAGCCUGCCACCAAGCAGAGGUGUCGGUUUACCUGGGACUUGAACCCCAGCCUGAAGUGCCAAAAUUUAGCCACACCUGUCCUUAUGCACCAUUCCACACUUGCUAUACCACACCUAACACACCUGACUGCCAUCUUUUCACUGCUCAAAUAGACCACAAGCAGCACACAGCAGGCAUACGCUAACUACACACCCUGGCAUACUUACAACCCACGGCUCUAAUAAAACCCACACAUGAGCACCACAAAACACUCAAACAACCACACAGUGCGCUUACCAACAUGCAACUUUAAAGGACCACUCUAGGCAUCCAGACCACUUCAGCUUAAUGAAGUGGUCUGGGUGCCAGGUCCAGCUAGGGUUAACCCAUUUUUUCAUAAACAUAGCUGUUUCAGAGAAACUGCUAUGUUUAUGAAUGGGUUAAGCCUUCCCCCUAAUCCACAGUGAGAGCAUGCAAGCGUCCAUAGGAAAGCAUUAUGAAUGCUUUCCUAUGUGACCGGCUGAAUGCGCGUGCAGCCAGCCUAGGAGGAGGAACGGAGGAGGAGAGCUCCCCGCCCAGCGCUGGAAAAAGGUAAGUUUAACCCCUUUUUCCCCUUUCCAGAGCCGGGCGGCAGGGGGUCCCUGAGGGUGGGGGCACCCUCAGGGCACUAUAGUGCCAGGAAAACGAGUAUGUUUUCCUGGCACUAUAGUGGUCCUUUAACCUGUAAACUUAAGCAACAAGAUUUGCAAGUUUCGAAACCUAUCUUUACGUUUAAACAUGGUUAAUACCCUUUCACUUAAAAAAAUGUGCAUAUAAUCUUUCAUGCCACUCUGUUACAAGCAAUGAAAAUAAGCGUGAGGAUUGCUGUUGGGGUACCCCACGUGUGUUGUACUAUCUUUAUGCACUGCAAAAAUAAAAAAAUUUAAAAAAAUACAAUAAAUGUGUUUUAGAAGUUAAUAUGGGUAAAUACAAUACACUAUUCUUGUUCUAAAUUACAUUUUAGUAGCAUAAAUUUUUAUUAGUAAGUCACCUAAAAUUUCUUAUAGCGGCUCUGCCUCAGCCACACCCCCACUCACACUCACACGCCUAAAUUGGUGUCCCUUCUUGUCCAUUUGAAAUGUUGGGAGAUAUGGUAGUGGAGUGUGGCCUAAACUAUAAACUUGGUUAAAUAUUCUAAACCUAUUAAUAUUUUUCUUAGGUGAAGUAAUCUUACAUUACGAAAAUGAAAGUAGACAGGACGAAGCUGAAAAAGACGCCAACAGAGGCGGUAAGUGCAAGUGUUGACUGUUCUUAUAUAUUUUUUGUUUGCAGUCCUGCAUCUGCACAGGUAAACUUUCUUAGUACAAACAUGGAAACCUGGCAUUCAUUCAACUGCUCUGAAGCAUAUUUUUUGAACAACGUUUAAAGUGUAGAUGGCUGCCUCCCGUGUAUUUGAAAUAACGGGUGUGAAGUUUUUUUUUCCUGUCUUAAAAGGGAACCAUCACUACUAUGGAAAUAAUGUGUUAACUUUAACUUUAUAUUUUAUAUAACUUUUUUUUUUUUUUGGCUAGUUAAAUAGCAAAUAAAAUUUUUAGUACAGUCCAGGCACCUCUAUAGUACACAUUGCAAAUGAGAAGAAAUAGCAAGACGAAAGCACACAGGGAAUUGGAGAAAUUAAACAAACGCAUCUAGCUGCCGGGGGCAAGGGACAUAGCUUAUAUAAGUGUAACUAAGAUGGGGCACUGUUGCAACAUAAAGAGGUAUUGAUUUUUACUUUUUAAUUUGUAUUUUUCUGAACAUCUUAAUAUAUUAAAAUUCUGGGCAGUGACUGACAAUUUUAUGUUUAGCCGGUAUUUUGAAAAGUUGCUUCCCUUUAGCCACGUGGAACUUCCGUGGACUUUACUUUUCUGCAUUCUCUUUAACUGGUCAUGGAAUAUUUUGCACUGCAUAAUACCAAUACUAAUCUUUACUUGCUUAUUUCUAGUUUGCCAGUGUUUUUAGAAACCAUUGUUUUUCUUCAUUUUAGAAUUGCAAAAUCUAAACCUUUCUUAUUCCUUUAUUUUUCUUUUUUUCACAGCCUGCCGAUUGCAGGUCUCUGAUUGAAAAGCUGAAAGCAUGCACAGAUGAACAGCUUCUGUUGGAGCUACAGCAAAUCAAAACCUGGAAUAUAGGAAAGGUAAAUGAAAAUAUGUGACCUGCAUUAAUCCUGUUGACUUUGGUAUUACAGUGAUGGUUCAUUUUAUAUAAUCUAUUCUGCGUUAUUUUGUCCUGUCACAUAGUUUUUUUUCAAUCUGCUAAUCUAUUUGUAAAAUUAACCUUGAUACUUUUAAGUCCAAACUAUGAUAUUAAAGGGACAAGCACCAUAUCCACUUCAGGUUAUUGCAGUGGUGCAAGGAUUCUUUGACGUCUUUCAGCCUUUUGCCAGACUCGUAUGCUGUUUUAGAAGAAGAGUUAAACUUUUUAUGAAUUUGUUUCAAUACAACAGUGAUAAGCAAUGGGUACAGGUGUAUGUUUUCCCCAGUGUUCACACCCUGUCUUUUAUUAAACUUUGGAGCAUUUUGUGAGAAAGUAGAAAUCCUUAUGGUCUUACAUGGCCAUUGGGUGCUUGUAUGGCACCUGGAUUUGGUAAAUGGCUCCAUUACAUUGUAAUGGUUGUGUUUAGAGGCCCUUUGUACUUAAAAGGAGGGUAUCUUGACAUGCUUAUGCAAAGUCUCUUUAUCGGGGUGCCAAAAAAAGGUAGGACCCCACCUAUGUUUUAAAACUACAGCUUUGUCAUUCUUAAAGCAUCAUGGGAUUUGUAGUUCUUCAACAUCUGGGAUCUACAUUUUGGGCACCCCUGCUCUAUAUCAUUGCAAUUUUUUAAACAUUUUUAUACUUAUUUGAUGUGUAUCUUAAGUUACUGCUAAGUUUUUCUCUACAGUCAUCCCCACUGCUGAAAGCAUAAGUAUAAGACAAUAUGUUUUGCAACCUACAUUUAACAGACUUUAUAAUCCUUUACAGAAUCAGAAUUAUGGGUGUUUAAAGCUCUGGGUCAACAUUAUUACUUUAUUUACCAUCUAAAAAUGUAUUAUCCACUACAAAUUGAAAUUAAAUUGCAAUUUUGACAUAUAUAAAGUUAUUCAACUCUAGGUUAAAGUGUGGAAUAAUCCACCAGAGCAUUCCAUUGGUUACUAUGGUUUUUGCUUCACUUUUCGAACUUUGUCCCAGAUUUCCUAUUGCAUCGUAAAUCCCAUUGUAUGUUUACUGAGCAAUGCACAAUCUCUGCUAUGAUAGUAACUCAAGCAGGUGGUUUUAUUUUAUUUAUUUUUUCUUUCUUCUUCCAGAUUGUUCAUUUUAGUGUUGUGUGCUUUUGUAUAGAAAUACUUAAACAGCAUAAAUUCUAUGUAACUUUAUAUAAACACACACACUACUUUUCAUUACUUAGAUUAACUGUCACAAACCUGUACUCUAUUAACCAAUCUUAUUCCCUACACCUGCAGUGUGAGUUGUAUCACUGGGUUGAUUUGCUUGAUCGCUUCGAUGGAAUUCUGGCAGAUGCCGGUCAAACAGUGGAGAACAUGUCUUGGAUGCUGGUCUGUGAUAGACCUGAGAAACAGCAGCUUAAAGCUCUUGUGCUGGCAGUCCUCAACUUCACCGCUUUACUCAUUGAGUACAGCUUCUCCCGGCAUCUUUACAGCUCUAUUGAGGUAAGUCUUGUUCUUUGAGCUUUUGAGGAAUUUCAGAAGUUCAUAACUUUUUUUUUUUUUUUUUUUUUCUCCAUUUUCAUUAUGAUCACUUUUUAUUACAUUAAAUUAUCACUCUCUGAAAUUUCACAGCGUAUAUCCCUUAUGUGGCCACAUUCUGGUGUUCGAUAUCACAUCAGUGUUUUAUUUGGGGUUCUGCUAGCUGAAAUGUUGAUAUGGCCUCUCUAUAGUAUUUUCAUCCUGGUGUCCUCAUCACUAGUUAACUUAAAAGUAAAUCAACAUUGAUCAACCUCAACAUUAAAUACACUGAUGGGAGAAGGGGAUAACAUUGAUUAUAUUGUUAAAAUGGCACUUGUCAAGGGUUGUAAUAUAUUAGGCACUAAGUGAACAGUCAGUUUUUGAAUUUCACGUGUUGAAAGCACGAAAAAUGGGCAAGAGAAAAGACCUGAGUGAUUAUGAAAAGGGCCAAAUAGUGAUGACUAGAUGACCAGGUCAGAGCACCUACAAAACUAGAAGCCUUGUGGGUUGUUCCUGGUAUGCAGUGGUUAGUACAUACCAAAAGUGCUGCAAGGAAGGAUAAACGGUGAACUGGAAUCGGGGUAAUGGGCACCCAAGGCUCAUUAAUUCACGUGGGGAACGAAGACUAGCCCUCUGGUCUGAUGACUCACGUUUUGUUUUAGAUCAGGUGGAUCCAUGUUUACCAGGGGGAGAGAUGCAGCAGUAUAUAUAAUAUGGGAAGAAGGCAAGUUGGCGGAGGCAGGGUUUUGCUCUGGGCAAUGUUCUGCUGAGAUUUUGGGCCCAGGCAUUCAUGCAGAUGUUACUUUGACACAUACCUAGCUAGAGAUGUUACUGACCACACGUGCACCCCUUAAUUGGCAAUAGUGCACUCUGACAGUUGCAUCUUUCAACAGUAUAAUGCAAUCCACGGAGGCUUGUGGGAAUUAAAGGAUCUGCUGCUUUUGUCUUGGUGCCAAAUACCACAGGACAUGUUCAGAGGUUGUCUCAUCCAUACCACAACGCAUCAGAGCUGCUUUGGCAGCGUGAGGGGAACCUACAUAUUAGGGAGGUGGUUUUCAUUGUUGUGGCUGCUGAGUGCAGUGUAUGUUGUUGAGCUUCUCUUCCUUAGGUCUUAUUUAAAACUGCUAAAAGAGUAUUGGUUUGAUGACCUACUCCCCUGUUUAGACAGAGGAUAAAGUUAGAUAAAUCAAAUUAAUACAUAGCCCACAACCCUUUGUAAAGAUAGUUUUGGGUCAAAAUUGCAGUGGACAGUCUUUCUUUAAUAUUGCUUGCUUUUGCUUAUGCCAGUUGGAUUUUGGGUGAAUUAUUCUACAAGUGCAUUGGAAGAGAUCAUAUUUCUUUGCCACCUGUUCUUUACUUUGGAUUUGUAUUGUACUUGGCUGUUAAAUCUCCAUUUGAACUCCUAAUCCAGAAGUUACAUUUCUUCACUAAAUCCAGUGGUUUUAAUAGCUUCAGAACGAAUGCGUUAUUUCUAGCCCUUUAAAAUACUGGGGCAGGUUACGUAGACUUGGCAGUUUCAAGGUGGAAUUUUUUUUUAUUUUUUAUUUUUGUCAAUCUUUAUUUUUGCAGUGCGUGAGUAACAUAAACAAGCUUGUAUCGCCACAACAGCAUGUACAAGCUAAAACAGUAAUACAGUGAAUACAGUAUUAUGGCAUGCAAGAAUGGCACCAUUUAUUUGUUAGUAAAUGCAGGUUAGGUACUUAUGUCUUAAGUUAUAGUCUGUACUAGUUAGGUAACAACGAGGUGAAAAUAAGACAUAUCGGUUGAUGAUAAAGGAGUAUUACCAUGAAAAGCGUGUCUUAUAGCUAGCAUACUCUUAGAUUAAUUUUUUUCAGGCUAAACCUACAUAAAGUCUGCAUAUUCUGCAGGGUUCGGCAAGACAUAUAUGUAGCAGGCUUAAAAGUUGUAAACCACUAGGCUUUUGGGGCGCGUCUGCAUCAAGCUAGGCAAGUUUAGAAAUAGACCAUUGGACAGAAAAAAGAGAAAAAUCAUACUUUUCUAGUAUAACAAAAGCAGAAUAUACAUUUAUGGAAUUGCUGGUAACGUUCAGGAGGCAACAUGUUUCUGUCUGUGAGUAAGUCCCGGUGUGCACACUGUGGUACUGUCCAGGAGUGUGUUUAUGCAUUCAUCAGGUUGGUCUAGGGGCCGCAUCCAAUUUUGGCCACUCCGCUUUCCCCAGGCCUUCUCAAGGGCCCUUGUGCACUUUCCACCGCUCCGGUCACUUUCAGCACCGCAAGCGAGCUCCCGGGCGGUUGUGUGAUGGAAAAGUCCUGUCCGGGCAUGUGGGGUACGCAGCAGGGUGUUUCUCUUUCGGGCACUCAGCCCAGGAAGGCAGAUGCGAGCCUCGGAUUUUAUGGGCCGCCUUCUCAGCUUUACUGGUCUGUUUCCCGGGCGUCAUGUGCGGUCUUUUCUUCCCGCCAGCCACUCCAGGCGGUUUUUCUGGCGGUGAAUAAUGUGGUCGUGUAGGGUGUACGGGCUCCGUCUGGGUCUGUGCCCCUUUGUUCUGCAUUCUCUGCCAGAAGUUUGCGUGGAGGUCGUCCAGACGCUGCUCGAGUGUCUGCAAUUGGUUCAGUGUGUCUGUAGCUGGUGCAGUAGCCGACAUUUUGAGGCACAUUGCGCUGCUCUAUGUCUUUGCUUUAAGACAAUGUGCUUGACAGGGAUGAAGCUUGGCUGUGGUGAUGGUGUCGGGAAAACCGGGAGGGGGGGGGAAGCGGGGACCCAUAUAACGUCAGUUUAUUCCGGUCGGGGAGACAGUAGGGAGAUCGGCCGCUUCUCCCAGGCUCUCACCUUGAGGUAGGCCUCAGUGGCGGUGUGGGCUUAAUCUGCUUGUCUGACACCUAGAAACCCUUGUGCUGUAGCAGAGUAGCUUGCAAGUAGGUAUCAGCGCAAAUUUAGCCGUUUGCUUUCAAAAUACUGUUUUUAGGCGAUAAUUGUCAACUUUUGUACAGAGCCCACACUGCAUGCAGCCUUUCAGUUUGGCAGCCAGGCCCCGCCCCCAAAAGUUCAGAUUGAGUAGUGUCCCUUAGGACUGAACAUUGAAACUGUUGAAUUUGACCAGUUGUAUCUGCCAAGUUCAGUGAAAAAUGCACUGUUUACAGUUUUUAUUUUAUUUAACCAAUUGUUCCACAGCGUGAAGUUACAGACCGCAGAGUCUAAUAAACAAUGCAAGAUUAAUGGUGGCUUUUUUGUGUGCCCUUUUAGCAUCUGACAACAUUACUUGCCUCCUCUGACAUGCAAGUGGUACUUGCUGUGCUAAAUCUCCUAUAUGUAUUCAGCAAGAGAUCCAAUUACAUUACACGAUUGGCUUCAGACAAAAGAACGCCGCUCUUGUCACGACUCCAGCACCUAGCAGAGGUACAGUCCAUACUUCUAACAAAAUGCAUAAAGCUUUGACUGUUUAAAAAAUGUAUGCAAGCUGUUGUUAAUUACCACUGACAACUAUUUACUUCUAUUUCAGAGCUGGGGAGGUAAAGAAAAUGGCUUUGGUCUUGCAGAGUGUUGUAAAGAUAUGCAAAUGUCGGUAUGUAAUAUAUUUUAUUCUCUCAAUGAUAAUGAUGCAUGACUUCUGGAGUUUAUACUUUUUAGUCACCAUUAUAGGCAGGACAUAAAGUAUUUUGUGCUGCAGCAGAUUCAUUCUUCAGUGUUGUAUAUUUGUAUUGUUUUAUGCACGAUCACUAUAUAGCAUAGCUUGUUAUAUUUUAUUUUUGCAAUGUAUGCAAAAGUCUAUAUAUGGUACCUCGAGACAAUUUCUCUUCACAGAAUAAUUAUAAAUUCUGCAAGCAAAUGCACAAAGUAUAUACAGUUGCAUAGGAAAUAGGUUUAACAAAACAAACAAAAAAAACUCAUAUCCAUCAAGUUAAUGCACCUAUCUGUGUAUUAAUGUAGAUAGCCAAACUUGCCUCUUGAUAAAGGCAAAGCAGGUCAACCCUAGGAUCCAAAAUACAUGUUUUUAUUUUUUUAUUUUUUUUUAAAGUUAUGUUCUAGCCCAACUUACCCUGAGACAAUUGAAAAUAUUAAAUUUUUCACCCCACAGAAAUACCCACCAAGUGCUACAACUCUACAUUUUGAGUUUUAUGCAGAACCUGGGUCUGAAGUUAAAAUUGAAAAAAAGGUAGGUUUUGCAAAUUUUUUAUUUUUUAUUUUAAAACAAUUUUGUACUUUAAUACAUAUGUACUCUGUGUAUUUACUAAAUGUUAAUGCAGUGUAUACAGGAAAGAAACACACCUGAAAUUUGUAUCUGUUUCCUCUAUGAUGGCUGCACUCCUUAGUAUGCCUAAAUCUGUGUCGCAUCCUAAAAUAUUUAGCAUGCGUAUGAAGGUGAAGCACUCCAUGGAUGCAAAGCAUAACAUUGGCACAUUUUUGGUAGUUUUCUUCUUAAAGGAACACUAGCGUUAGGAAUACAAACUUGUGUUCCUAAUGCUAUAGUGUGCCCUGUCCCUAACUUAAAGUCCACCCAAUAAGUAAAUGGUUAAAAACCAUUUCUCCUCUUGCAACAGCACGAAGAUGGUGGGACCUAAUAGGCAUGCACAGCACUUGCCGCACACUCGUUUAAGAUUCCCUGUAAUAAAUUGAAUAAAUGAAGAAUUUGAAGGUGUUAGAUGAUGUUGAAUGUUCUCAUAUGAUGCAUGUUGAUGUCUAACGGAGUAAAGCUCAGUUGGGGACCAGGAAAAAAUUCUAGUCCCGGUCUUGAAGAAAGCCACCAGAGGUGGUUAACCUGGCUAUGCAAUCAUUGCGGUUUCUGAGAAAGUGCCAUGUUUUUUAGAUUGCAGGAUUAAGGGGACAGGGGUACUGCACCCAGACAUCUUCAAUGAGAUGUAGUGUCCUUUUAAUGUCAAUAUAGACAUACAUGUAUGGUAGGCAAUAUUUAUAUAAAUAAAACAAGACCUCACAAUAAACACAGACCACGUUUAUUUUUCAUUGGGCUUGGCAGUGGUGUUUAUUCGAAGCUUAAGGGUCUUCCAACCAUAAUUUCAUAACCCCGUAACACAAAUGUUAACCUUUCUAAACUUUUAACUUUAUUAACCACCAAUAGCCAUCAGUAUUGGAUGACCUGACCGCCGUUAAUUUAAAACCAUUUACAACAAUGCCCCAGUGCUUCAAAGCACCAUGACAAUACAAUUAAAUCAAAUUGAAGGGAGGCAGAAUGGAUCUGUCAGCGCUGCUUUUGCUUCAGUACACUGACAGGAUUGCACUCACAUUGCUGCUUUUUAUUCUGUCCCACUUGCCCUCUUUUUUUUUUUUUUUAAUGCUUACAACCUUCAACCAAUCCCAGGGCAUCUCCAGUCGCCACCUAUAGCCGUGUCGUCAAUUCUGCCCAGAUACCUGUCUGACAGACUGCAACAAACGUUAAAAUUUUUCUUCAUUCCAAUCCCAGACAAGGCAGAAUAACUCCACUGCCACCAUACAUAUAUGCCAAAGUCGUUACUACCUUUGGCUACUAUUUUGGAUAAAUAUAUUCUUCAGUUUGACCUCCAUGAUCUGUGCACUGCAUAUAUAAUGCUUUAAAAUAUAAAAAAAUAAUUUCCACAAACUUAAAACCAUUGUAUUCUUGAGUGUACAGCCUUUGUAGUGAAAUGUAUGUAAGUUAAGAUUGUGUUCUAAUAUUUAAAGGUUAAGUCUAAACGGCAUAAAUUCUAUAAACUCUUGUUGUAGUUUUGGUGCUUUUAGACUGUGAACACUAUCUACCGAUAAAUUCUCAAUUUUUCUACAGCAGGACCUGGGGCACCUGCAGCCAAACCCUCUAUUUGCCUUUUGCAUUAUUAAUUUUGUGGGAUAGAUUGGCAGAGUGUCAGGCGCCCUGAUUACCGUCAAACCCCAGCCCCCCCAAUUGUUUCACCCACCUUAAUCCGUACAAUUGUACGUAGUGGUUGUGCUGCUUAGACUGUCCCUUUAAAAUUGUAAUGUGGUUUGUUUGAGUGUUAUCUAUGUUCUCUGCCUCACUAUUUAUUAUGCAUUUCUAUUUCAGGCAUCCAGUAAUACACUACAUUAUAUACAUAUAGAACAGCUAGAUAAGGUAAGCAUUCCUGAGAAUUUUAAUUAAGCAGCAAAUAGAAUGCCUGUGAUGUGUGACACAGUCUAAUAAGUGCUUUGAUUUGAUUUCCAGAUUUCUGAAAGUCCCUCUGAGAUAAUGGAAUCUCUCACCAAACUGUACAGCAUUCCCAAGGACAAGCAGGUAACAUUACAGUCUUAUACUGUGGGGUCCAGUGCAGUGCCUGACCGAGUUGGAUUUUUAUCUGGGGACAUUGAUUAGGGUCAUUGGUUAUUCUGUUUUGCUUGAUUCACAAGCUUCUUGUCAAUUUUUUUUUUUUUUUUUUAAAUUGUUGCUUGUGUUGUCAACGUUUUGAUCAGUUUUUCGUAAAUGCUAUAUCAUCUCUCUCUCUUUUCUACAGAUGCUUUUGUUCACACACAUACGAUUGGCACAUGGCUUUUCUAAUCACAAGAAAAGACUACAAGCUGUACAGGCUAGGCUGCAUGCAAUCUCUAUAUUAGGUAUUUUCUCCAACAGUCUUUAAUGUACCAUAUUUUUGUAAGUAAAAUAAUGCAGUGUUUGAUAUGAAGAACUAAAUAAAGUUACUUGUCUUUCUGCAGUUUAUUCCAAUGCCUUGCAAGAAUCUGCAAACAGUAUCCUUUACAAUGGGUUAAUAGAGGAAUUAGUUGAUGUGUUACAGAUAACAGAUAAACAACUUAUGGUAAGUAUUAGAUAUUUUUGUCUGUGUGUAUACAUUAGAUAACUGACUUUUUUGCAGGCUUUGGAAUGUAAGAAAAUGAAAUAGUAUCCAAAUUUUCAUAACAGUAUUAUUUGUCUACAUAUUAUACAUUUUCUAAAAAUGCUUAAAUGAGUUUACCAAGAUCACAAUGUACAAUAAAAAGUUCUAAACACUUUAGAUAGAAUUAAAAAACAAAAAACCUUCAGUUUUUUUGCUGUAAACACUGUCUUUUCUGAGAAAAUGCAGUGUUUACAUUACAGCCUAGUGAUAACUUCACUGGCCACUCCUCAGCUGUUAGAGAUCCUUCCUGGGUCAAUGCUGCUUAAAAUGCAUCCAAAUAUUCAGUAUCUCCUCCCUCUGCAUGCAGACACUGAACUUUUCUCAUAGAGAUGCGUUGAUUCAAUUAAUCUCUGAGGAGAUGCUGAUUGGCCAGGGCUGUGUUUGGAUUGUGCUGGCUCUGCCUCUGUCAGUCUCAGCCAAUCCUAUGGGGAAGCAUUGUGAUUGGAUCAGGCCACCAUUUCUGAUGUCAGCAGUUUGUUUUUCUGAGGCAAACAUGCAGAUCUACAGCUUCAGUGUUAAAUACAGUAAGAUUUUGCUAUAUUUAUGGAGGCAUGAGGGGCCCAGGGAGGCUAGAUGGUGGUUUUUAACACUAUAGGGUCGGGAAUACAUGGUUUUUGUUCCUGACCCUAUAGUGAUCCUUUAAGUUAGGGCUGCCUACCCAAGGGAUCAAUCUGCCCAUACCAGUGCUGGGCAAAGGUAAGGAAUCUUGCUGAUCAGCCCAAAGCACUGGUAACGUGGAGGUCAGAGCCCCAGCAAUAAACCCUGGCAGCCCAAAUAAGAGCCAACCUAGAUGCACAAUGUACCUGACCAUUAAAAAUAUCAAGUACAUGGUGCAUAUAACUGUAACAUACAGUUAGUUAAAGCUUCAGUUUUAUGUAGCAGAGCAAAGAUUAGAACUGCCAUUCACAUAAGCACAGUAUGCCCAGACUAAACACUGCAAUUGCAAUGCUCUUUGUCCAUUAAACAAAGGUUAGUUUUUUUUAUUUUUAUUAUGCUUAAAUAAUUUUCCCCACUUUUCUUGCAUCAGGACAUUAAAGCGGCAUCUUUGAGAACUUUGACCUCAAUUGUUCACUUGGAAAGAACACCCAAGUUGAGCAGCAUCAUAGACUGCACUGGCACAGCCUCGUACCAUGGCUUUCUACCUGUAUUAGUCCGCAACUGCAUUCAGGCUAUGAUUGGUGAGUGCCAGACUAUUUUUUAUUAUUGUGAAGAAUAUAAGACUAAUUUCCAUAUGUUUUUUGACUGUACCUUCAUUUUGUCUUCUCCUCUUCGGAUAAUAUACCAUUAGAAGAACCAUGCACACUCCAGUACUGAGAACAAAAAAAUAUUGAGCAUUAACCUUGUUCUCUGUACUUCAGUCAGUGUGCAUGAUUCUUCUAAUUGUAUAUUGGGAGCAUAUUAUUGUUUUUUUUUUUUUUUUUUUUUUGGGACUUCCCUUAAACCAAAUGCACCUCUUUGCAUGAGUGCCAGGGCUAUCUGAUGUUUUCAUCUGCUUCAAGGCAGCUUUAGUUUUAAACACUAAAAAAGCAAUAGUUUUGUAAAUCUCAGCACCUUACUUUUGCAGAAUCUAAUUGCCUGACUGCAACUGUCAGUGUAGUUUGAUUGGUUCCGUAAUGCUGUGCUUUAAUCUAUGUGCAUUGCACUCUGAGUUUCAUAUGUAUGAACUACGGUAACAUAUAUCUGCAUAUGCCCAGUUACAACCUAGAAAUAAAGAUCAGGGUGAACAGUUGCUUUAAACAUCUGUUAUAUUGACUUUGGGGUUAGACAGUUAUAGGAACCCUUUUAAAAUCCUGUGUGUCUAGUUAGAGAUAGAAAGGUUUCCAUUUCACUGUAUUAAGCAAUUGAAGUACCAUGUUAUUUGCUGGGUUGUGUGCAUAUGUGGGAUUUAUAGGGAAUCAAUAUGUGUACCUAAAUUUAAUGAACACCACUCUUCUGAAAAACAAAAAUGAUAUAUAUUGUUUUAAAUCUUUCCUUUAUCAGACCCAAGUAUGGAUCCAUACCCUCACCAGUUCGCCACAGCACUUUUUUCCUUUUUGUAUCACUUAGCCAGUUACGAUGCUGGUGGAGAAGCGCUGGUAUCCUGUGGCAUGAUGGAAGCACUUUUAAAGGUAAUUAAGAAUUUUGGGGCUAGUCGUUAUUGUGGUGGUGUUAUAAUAUUGAAUGUGGGUUAUUAGGUUUACAUGAAUAGUAUUGGUUUGUGGUACAUUAACUACUAGUGUCACAUAUAUUCUGACUUUUGAGAAUUCUAACCCACUGACAAAGUAGUUUAAAAAAAUAAAUAAAAAUCAAUUUUUUUUUAUUUUUUGGGGGUUGGUUAAAUUGUAUUUAUUUUCACCAGGUUAUAAAAUUCCUUGGAGAUGAACAGGAUCAGAUUACAUUUGUGACGCGAGCUGUGAGAGUUGUUGACCUCAUUACAAAUCUUGACAUGGCAGCCUUUCAGUCUCACAGUGGGCUGACCAUAUUUAUUUAUCGACUGGAGGUGAGCGCACCACAUCCUUCUCAGAGAUUGAUUAGUCUGUAAAGUUCACACUACCUGAAGAACAUUUUCUUUUGGCAAUCUUUGCCAAUCUACUGCAAUGUUUGGCUCUAGUAUUUGCAAUAUUUUACAGAUAUAAUGUAACUUUAAUUUGCAUUCACUCCUUUUUGCUGACAAUGUGAUACCCCAUUUAUUUUGUUACUAUAGGCAGAACCAAGUGACUGUUCUGUCUCAAAUAGCAAAGUGCUUCAGCUGAGAGAAAUUGAUUUCCCACUGUAUAACAACCUCCCCCACUUUCUGUCAUAGCAAUAGGAUAACCCAAACAUAAAACAAAGGUACCCUGCUAUAAAUUCAGGUAGCUUAUUCAACCAUCAAAGUGAAGGGCCAAUGUAUCAACACGUAUAUGUGACUUUCCCGAGCCAUUGGACAACAUUGCAUGUUAUAAGAAAUCCUAGCACCCUGGGUGCUAUAGUGUAGUGUCCCUUUAACCGUUUUUGUAAAGCCAGAUAUACUUAAGUGUUUGAUGCAUUUUCUAAAAUGCGGCCUAGACCACAUAUCUAGAUGCCUUUUUUUUAAAUGUAUUUUCUUGUUAGCAUGAAGUUGACCUUUGUCGGAAAGAGUGUCCAUUUGUCAUCAAACCCAAAAUUCAGCGCCCCACUACUGUUCAGGAUGGUGAGGAGAUGGAGACUGAUAUGGAAGGUAAAACAAUUUUCAGUGAUGUGCUUUAUAGAGCUUGACGUUAACCAGUUUUUGGGACUCCUGCUAUUCUCUAAUUGGAAAUGUGUAACUUUCUAGAAUUGUCAAGAUUAAGACCAGAAACAAAUAUUCCUUUUCUAUACAUGUAGAACUGUAGGUCACCUAUCCAUACUUAUCUUUAUUGCGUUCCUGAAGCAUCUAGUACAUACACAUCAAGCAUCAUAGACAGAAGAGAAGACCACCUAAAUGGUGUUACAUGAUUCCUAUCUUGCUCCCCCAUCAUUCAUCUGUACCCAAAUUAGUUUAUAAAAAAAAUAAAAAAAUAAAAUCUGAAAUGUGUUUUGACAUUCCUUUUAUACCACUGCUUUAAAAAGCAUGUAUCAUAUUUUGCACGGAAAUUUGUAGAGCAGUAAUCCACAGGUUUAGUGUACUAAUGGCAUCAUAAAUAUGUUCUGUGUAUGAUACUCUUGUUUUAAAACUUUUGUUAGAAUUGACCAUUUCUUGUUCUCUAGUGACUGACGUAGCUAUGGAGAGCAGUCCUGGUCCUUCCACCUCUGCAGAGCUUCGUCCUGUGAGCAUAAGCACCAGUGCUGGGCAUGUAGUUACAUCCCGGUCAGGUAAAGGUAUCUGUUAUUUUCAAUUUUCUUUUUUGGACUGUUUGUUGUAAACAACCUUUAAAUAAUUGUCAUACUAAUUUUUUUUUUUUUUCCUGCCUAUUUUGUAGGGGUGCAAUGCAUUCCCCAGAGGGCUGCUCUCUUGAAAUCUAUGCUUAAUUUCCUUAAAAAGGCUAUCCAGGAUCCAGCUUUUUCAGAUGGAAUUCGCCAUGGUAAAUAUUUUAUUUUUGUGUAAAUAGAUGAGCUGUAUAUGACCCAUACUAAUCACUGGCAUCUUUCAACAACUGAUGUUCUUCAGUUAUCAGUAGUUUUCUUACAUGUGAUUGCCCAGCUAACAUAUUGACAUUAUUUUAUUAGUGAUGGAUGGAACUCUUCCCACAUCUCUGAAACAUAUAAUCAGCAAUGCUGAAUACUAUGGCCCUUCCCUCUUUUUACUAGGUAAGUAAAGCCAGGUUCUGUCUGCCAAUGCUGUUUGAGUACAGAAUACUUUUAUGCUGUUUCACUUCUUUACAGGUUAGCAGGUUUGGCAGUUAAAUUUUUUUAAUUUUUAUUAUUUAUUUAUUUUUUACUCCAGAAUGCUGGUUAUUGUUCUCUUGAUAUAACCAUUGCAAUAUUUUAUAAAGUUUGCUGUUGAAGCUUUGACUAUAUUAGUGGAAAUACGUGUUCUGGAGCCGCCCAAUUUCACUUUGCAGUACUUUAGUUCAACUAAACUUUUUUUUUUACAUUUCCCCCUCUUUUAGAGUAUACAUUUUUGUAUGCCUAAACACUGAUUUCAUACGUGAAAUUUAAAGUAUGAUUUUUUUUUUCUGCCAUUGACUUGUCUAUUGCACGAUUUGUCGCACAGAUUAACAUGCACAUUUUUUUGCGUUCACUAUUGUAUGUUACAUAAUUAAAAAUGUCUGUUAAAGGUACUAUAACUUAUUAGUUCUAAGCUUACAAGGGUCAUGUGUUAAAGGACCACUCUAGGCACCCAGACCACUUCAGCUUAAUGAAGUGGUCUGGGUGCCAGGUCCAGCUAGGGUUGACCCAUUUUUUCAUAAACAUAGCAGUUUCAGAGAAACUGCUAUGUUUAUGAAUGGGUUAAGCCUUCCCCCUAUUCCUCUAGUGGCUGUCUCAUUGACAGCCACUAGAGGCGCUUGCGUGCUUCUCACUGUGAUUUUCACAGUGAGAGCACGCAAGCGUCCAUAGGAAAGCAUUAUGAAUGCUUUCCUAUGUGACCGGCUGAAUGCGCGCAGCUUUUGCCGCGCGUGCGCAUUCAGCCCAGUAAGAGGAACGGAGGAGGAGAGCUCCCCGCCCAGCGCUGGAAAAAGGUAAGUUUAACCCCUUUUCCCCUUUCCAGAGCAGGGUGGGAGUGGGACCCUGAGGGUGGGGGCACCCUCAGGGCACUAUAGUGCCAGGAAAACGAGUAUGUUUUCCUGGCACUAUAGUGGUCCUUUAAAGUGGAACUCAAAUUAUUUGCAUGAGUAUAUCAAGAUAUAGGCAUCUUUAGGUAAAUUGUCUGGUUAUUGUUUGCCUCAGUGGUAGAGAUGGUAAUUGCCUUGUAUCCAGCAGUUAAAAAAAUUAAAUAAAAAAUAAAAUAAAAAAUGUGGCAGAAGUGGUGGCGGCGAGGUGUGAAUGGUACUUGACAAAAGGCUGAAAACACAGAUCUAAGGUGUUGCAUCCCUUAAAAAAAUAAAUAAAAAAAUUCCCCCUCCUUCUCCCCCUUAUUUUGCAGAGAUUUUUUUAAAUGUUUGCCUUUUUAUGACUCUUAAUUUCAUUCUUUCAGCUACAGAGGUAGUAACAGUGUUUGUAUUCCAAGAGCCUUCGCUGUUGUCUUCGCUUCAGGAUAAUGGGUUGACAGAUGUCAUGCUCCAUGCUCUCCUAAUUAAAGAUGUAAGCACUUUGCCUAUAUUAGACAGCUACUGGUUUCUCCUUUUGUUUUUUUUCUUGUCUUAUCAUCUCUAGUAAUGUAUUUGCAAAAACCCAACAGACUUUUGGUACAUUGUGGCCAAAAAAGGGCCAAACUAUUAGCAAAGCUUUAAAGGACCACUAUAGGCAACCAGACCACUUCAGCUUAAUGAAGUAAUCUGGGUGCCAGGUCCAGCUAGGUUUAACCCUUAUUACUGUAAACAUUGCAGUUUCAGAGAAACUGCUAUGUUUACAUAUGGGUUAAUCCAUCCUCUAGUGGCUGUCUCAUUGAUAGCCGCUAGAGGCGCUUCCACGCUUCUCACUGUGAUUUUCACAGUGAGAAGACGCCAGCAUCCAUAGGAAAACAUUGAGAAUGCUUUCCUAUGGACUGACUGCGCGCGCAGCUCUUGCCGCGCAUGCACAUUCAGUCAGGGACGUCAGAAGAGGGAGGAGAGUCCCAGCACCGAGGGGAAAAAGGUAAGGAAUUAACCCCUUCUUGCCACUUCAGCUUCAAUGGAGUGGGAGCCUGAGGGUGGGGGCACCCUCAGGGCACUAUAGUGCCAGGAAAACGCUUUAAUAAAUCAGCUGGGUUUGUGUUUGAGCUUAAAGGAACACUCAGAACAAAGUUCCUUAUUUAAAUUACAAGCCCUCUUCCAGAUCUUCCUCCCAUGAAGUCAUUCUGAUGACUUGUCCAUUCAGAUACUUUUCAUUCAGAAACAUUGUGGACGCAGGCAUGGCAAUCAACAUGUAAUGUUUUGAUGCCUAUCCUCAGUAGUGAUGUCGCGAACCGUUUGCGAACUUCCCGCGAACGGUUCGCCGCGCUCCGGUCAGCUGACCCUCCCUCCCAGACCCUCCUACCUCCUGAACAGCAUCCAUGUUGAAGCGACAUCUCUAAUCCUCAGUACCACAAUUCUAAAUAAAGUUUGACAAAGGUCUCUCAUUCCGUUCUCUUUGUGUUAUAACUAUGGUUGGACCCUUCAAAUAAUUUUGUCUUUAAAUCAUCAACACCAGUAUAAAUGCGAAUAGAGUGAAGCAUACAAAAGCUAAUCCUUUCUGAAAUGUCUGUGAACAAAUGCAUGAUUUUCAUUAGUGCUGUAUUGUUUUCUGUAAUAUUUUACACACCACAUCGUCUUACAGAGACAGUUCAUUACUUUAAAUAUGUUAUGGAUAGAAGUAAAUGCUCAAACUGUAACUUCAAGAUCUAAGGAAUUGAUGUCUGUCAAGCUAGUAUUAUUGAAAUAGUCUACAGGAUGUGGAAACAGUUACGUGAUUUGACUUUAUUAUCUGCAUUUUUCUUAAGGUUCCUGCUACCAGGGAAGUUCUAGGCUCUCUCCCUAAUGUCUUCAGUGCCCUCUGUCUGAAUGCCCGGGGACUGCAGUCUUUUGUGCAAUGCCAACCCUUUGAAAGGCUCUUUAAAGUGUUGCUGUCUCCUGAUUAUCUUCCUGCAAUGAGGAGGAGGAGGAGCUCGGACCCUCUAGGUAAGCUUAUUUCACUCCCAGAAUGUGUUCAUAUAAGAGCUGUAGUGCAGGAAACUUGACUGACCUUACUUUUCUAUGACCUCACCAGGGAGCUGCAGUAGAGAUGGCAGGCUUUUAAGGUCAAGUUCUGUAAUUUCAGAGGACACAAUUACUGAUUAGUUUUUGAGAAAACAAUGUUCUAUUCUGGUUUUGUUGUUCAGCUGUUUUUUUCUUCAGUUGAAGUAUGAUAUGGAGGUCCUUAACUCAUCCCCUUUCCUGCAGACAGGACAACAGGUUAAUGCAUUGAGAGCUUCCUUGACAUCCAACUCAUUCUCUUGUAUAUUUAAUAACACUUUCCAUUUAGCAGUGCCGGAAUUUGCCUUCUAGCUUUUCCAGACUUCUAAACCUAACCAGAAUGAGAUGUCAAUGGCACUUCCUAAAAUUCCCUAAUCCUCCUCUAACCCCUGCCGAAGAGACCUGUAGUGCAGCAUAGAAUAGCGCUCUUCAGGUCUCUAGCCGAGGGAUUAAGAGGCCCAUGGUCUCUUCCAGCUUUGACCUCUCUCCGGUCUCCUGCAGGCGAUACAGCCUCUAACCUGGGCAGUGCUGUUGAUGAACUGAUGAGGCACCAGCCCACGUUAAAAACAGAUGCCACCACUGCUAUUAUUAAGGUAAGAAUUUGGGUUAAUAGGGGUUGCAUGUAUUUGUUUAUACCAUGACAAUAUGCUUCUGUUCCUUUCCCUCUAGUAUGUGUUGCAAACUUAGUAGUUGCUCCCUCCCCCCUUAUUAGUUGGCUUUAUGGCCCUGUGGAUAGGGUGAAGGGGCUUUUAUACUUGUAUAUACAAUCUCUUGUAUGUUUAAUUUUCUGGUUUGUUACCAGCUCUUAGAGGAAAUAUGCAAUCUGGGAAGGGACCCAAAAUAUAUCUGUCAGAAACCAUCUAUUCAGAAGGCUGAUGGCACAGCCACGGCUCCUCCACCGAGAUCUAACCAUGCGGCAGAGGAGGCUUCAAGUGAGGACGAGGAAGAUGAGGAAGUACAGGCAAUGCAGAGCUUCAGUGCAAACCAGCAAAGUGAAGUUGAGCCUAUUGCACAGUAAGUUUGCUGUUUACUUUAGUUAUGUAACUAAUAACGUACUUGUUUAUGCUUGGCAGAUAACACUUUAUAAUGUGCUUUUUCGACUUCUGCUGCUAUUCUGGUUUGACCCAUCGUUAAACAAAUGACUCCAAACACCAUGUUUUAAGUGAAUUGAAUUGGUUAUGGUGCUUGGUGUCUGUGUGUGCAGCUUAUUGCCUAUGGUGGGGUACAUUUUAAUUUUCUUAGGGUUUUGUUUUUUCUAGAAUUAAUGUAAGCAUGCCCAAUAUUGAUACAUAUUUAAAAGAAUAUAGUGUAUAGGUAAAUCACAGGUCUCUAGCCAUGAGCCAAUUUUACUUUUUAUCCAGAAAAAUGUGUGAGUAGCCCACAUAAAACAUAAACCUUGAUUAAUUCAGAGCAAGACACAAAGUCCUACUUGGUUUCUGUAAAGAAAAUUAUAUUUCUCCUCUUCCCCCCCCCCCCAAUGUUUCAUGCUAGAUCUUUUUGGUAAUGGUGUCUUUAUUUCCUAGUGUUGUGGGAACUGAGGAGAGAAUUCCCAUUCCUCUUAUGGAUUAUAUUCUCAACGUGGUGAGUAUAAAUAUUGCAGUUUGAGAAAGGAAAUACCAUCUCUUCCUUUAGUACUCAUUACAAAUUGUAUGUCCUGAUUUCAUUUGGAAACCUUUUGUGAUUUGCCUAAAUUGUCUGUGUUCAAAUUUUUUGAAAUAACAUCAGGGAAAAUACAAAACCCUACCACUUUUUCGUAGAUGAAAUUUGUCGAAUCUAUUCUGAGUAACAACACGACGGACGAUCACUGCCAGGAAUUUGUGAGCCAGAAAGGCCUUCUGCCUCUGGUCACCAUUCUUGGCCUGCCCAAUCUACCUAUUGAUUUUCCUACCUCUGCUGCCUGCCAAGCCGUGGCUGGUGUCUGCAAAUCAAUUUUGGUAAGUUUUUUUUUUUUUCCUAAAGUUUUGUUUCCCACCAAUAAAACGAGUGUAAACCGCAAUUGAUUUUAGAUCUUAAAUAACUAUUGUGCGUUCAAGUGUUUAUGUAUAUUAUAAGCAAUAUCUGUUAAUGAUGGGUAUUGAGUACAGUUACAAAUUGUAGGGACUUAACUGCAAAGAAAUCAAAUAAUGAAUUCCCAAUGCUCCAAAUUCAGGCUCCCGUUCAGAGUUAGAUUGUAGUUCACGGUUUCUUAAAAGAAACUGAACUUCCCCAUAUAUUUAUCUGUAGGGGUUAUUUACUGAACAGUGAGCUGAAAAUUGAAUUGCAAAAUUCAGACUAGAAUAGGAAAGCUGUGACUAGAACUUUUGCAAAUUCUUGCGAAGCAUGUUUGGCUUAAAUUGUGCAAUUUGUUUUAAAUUCCCUAAAAUAAACUCCUAUAUGACCAGUUAUAACCCCCCCACAGUAGGUCAGGUAUAUAGAACAUUGAAUAGAAGUGGUAUUUUUUAAUUUCUGAAAUAUUCUUCUAAAAUGAUUUGUUGGUUUUUAAAGAUUUGUUUUCAUUAUUUAUUUAUUUAUUUCCACUCUCCUUUUCUCAGCAUAUGUUUGGCUCUAACAUGCAUUUUUUUGGGUUUCUUUUUAGACUCUAUCUCAUGAGCCCAAGGUUCUUCAAGAAGGGCUACUUCAACUGGACUCCAUUCUAUCAUCCCUGGAUCCUCUGCACCGACCCAUUGAGGCACCAGGAGGCUCUGUGCUGUUACGGGAAUUGGCGUGUGCUGGCAAUGUAGCGGACGCUACUCUAUCCGCCCAGGCAACACCUCUUCUUCAUGCACUAACUGCAGCACAUGCUUACAUCAUGAUGUUUGUGCACACGUGCAGGGUAGGACAGGUGAGAAUACAGAGUAUAAUUAAACAAAUUUGUACUAUUUGUGUUAAAGAAACAUUUAAUUACCAUGAGCACUAGAGCCGGUUAAAGAGGUUUUUGUGAUAGGGGGUGCCUUGGUACAAUUCCCUAGUAUGUUUUCAAAUCAUUUUAAGAAUGGCUUGACCGCUUAUCUGUCCCUCAUGGCUGCCGCCAUGGUCUUCCUGAAGGUCCUCUUCACCAGUGCUUCAUCUGCCUGGAGCCCACGUCGGUGUUCUCAUGCCUGCAGUUUAUGAAGAUGUUUAUUUUCUAUUUAAUGAAAUAUGUAUUUUUCUGUGAUACUUCCUGGCUUUUGCUGCUCUGUGCAGUAUACGUUUGGUCAAUUUUUGUAGUUUUUACAUGAUUUGAAGUCUUGUCAUUGGUGGUGGAUUUUGGCAUUUUCAAUUCUAUACUUUGAGAGGUAAGAGAAAGGGAUGUAUAGAACAUUUACAUAGAUAAAAAUGUAGAGAUAAAUGCUGUAUGUUCAUUUAGAAUACAAGAGACAAUAUUGAUACAUCCUAUGGAGAAACUGACCAUUAUAGUGAAAAACAAACUUUACUCAUUGCAAAUUCCUUCUCCAACCAGAUGAAAAAUAAAAAAGCUAUUAAAUUAUACUUGUUUCUUUUCUUCUCAGAGUGAGAUCCGUGCCAUCUCUGUAAAUCAGUGGGGUUCCCAGCUGGGUCUCAAUGUCUUGAACAAGCUAAGCCAACUCUACUGUUCUCUGGUGUGGGAAAGCACAGUCUUGUUAUCUCUCUGCACCCCCAACAGGUACUAUCAGAAGAUGGAGUGUGGAAUGUGCCUCCUUGUAAACAUAGUUGUUCGUUAUCUUUGGCAAGAGCAACUGGCAGUUGGAAUGUUAAAUUUGUAAAUUCAGUGAUAACUUUAAAAAUAAAAAAUAAUAAUUUUGUGGUUACAGCUUGCCAGUUGGAUGUGAAUUUGGGCAGGCAGAUAUGCAGAAAUUGGCCCCAAAGGAUGAGAAGGCGGCAGGUACAUCGCUACAUGGAGCCAAGAGGGCAGGUAUGUUUACCAUGUCAUUCUAGUCUGAGACUUGCAUUUGCAUACAUGUUCGUUUUCUGAUAUGGUAUUGUCUUUAUAUCUCAGAUAUGCUGAUGGUUUAUAGUCAAAAUGUUCCAUUCCAACAUGGGGAGGUACUAACGAUCUAAAAUAAACGAGCCUCAAGGGAGCUCAAAAUAUUAUGACCAUUCCAUAUUUUUAUAGGCAAGCACGAUAUUGUAAUAUCCUUUACUUGGUGGUUUUUAACCCCUUAAGGACCAAACUGGAAUAAAAGGGAAUCAUGACAUGUCAGGGGUUAAAGAAGUUCUCAAGAACUGUCCAAGUCUAGUCUUAAUUCUUAAUUAUUACUCCCUAUUAGUCCUGUACAGGGUUAUUGAUAACCCAGAACUGUAGGUGGUUUCGAGGUUUAAUUUGAUCACUCAAAACGAUUACCAUGUUACUUUUGUAUAUAAUAGAUGGGGAGCCUGAAGUUUCUGCUGUUAGUGAAGAAGCCACUGGUUUAUUGGAAGGCAUCGGGCUUGAUGGUGACACUUUGGCUCCAAUGGAAACCGAUGAACCCAGUACCUCUGACCCCAAGGCGAAACCAAAGAUUACUCCUGCAAUGGCAGCCAGAAUAAAACAGAUUAAGCCUUUAUUGUCAGGUUUGUCAGCAAAGAUUUACUUAUUGCUAUUUUUUUCUGCUUUUUAACACGUUACUUUUUAUUUGUGCACACUUGACAAAGCCUCCAGUUAGCAAAAGUACCAAAACUAAUAUUUAGUUUUGUUUUUUUAACCCCACCUUAAGUAAUAGUGUGUUUCUACACAAAAUGGCUUUAGGAAGCACUGACUCAACCAUCAGCCUUUACUCUAAAAGCUGAUCAACUUAGAAGCAAAUUUAAUUAGAAGCAAAUUUUCCUGAUCAUCUCAAACCAAAAUCUGUUUCAAAAAAUAUAAAAUUCUGCUUUAUAUUUGGGCUUUUCAUUUAUUGCUAGCCACUGUGGAGGGUGGGGAAUAUUUCACAAAAAUCCUGGUUUAGCUCAAAUUAUACUUUUUCUUCCUCAAAUAUUUUCUGGCCUGGGCAUACACUUGAAUUUUCAAGCUAGGAAGUUGCGUCACUUUUUAGAAAUCCACUUACAGAAGGCCCUUGUUAUUGUACACCUAUUUGCAGCAGCCUUUAUGCUAGACUUCUUGCUAAAUCCAGGAAUGACCAGAGUUUUGGACCAGCCACAAUUAACAUUAAGUUGCUUAAUUCUUAUUUUAUUAUUUAUAUAGCGCCAUCAGAUUCCGUAGCGCUGUACAAAGGGUGGACUAACAGAUACUUUAAUUGUAACCAGACAACUCGACGUACAGGAACAGAGAGGUGGAGGGCCCUGCUCAAUGAGCUUACAUUCUAGAGGGAGUAAUUAAUGUGUGCCAUUUGGUUUUUAUUUAGUAUGUUUAACUCUGAAUAGUCAAUCUUUGGAUAAUAGUGUGGCUGCUCUUCAAGAGGCCAUAUCUUACCUUAUCCUGACACAAAUAGCUUAAAAGGCACAAUUCAUUGGUUUCAUCCAUAGUUUGGUCUGUAUAUACAGUUGCAGAAACUGAAUAUUGUCCAUAUAAUGCCUCACAUGGUUAAUUACAUUUUCUUCAUAUGUAUUUCUGCACUAAAUUUACUUUUGUGUUCAGCAUCUUCUAGGCUAGGUCGUGCCCUGGCUGAGCUUUUUGGCCUUCUAGUCAAACUUUGUGUUGGGUCUCCUGUCCGCCAAAGAAGAAGCCAUCAUGCAGCAAGUACCACUACAGCCCCAACUCCAGCUGCCCGCUCUACAGCAUCCGCUCUAACAAAAUUACUAACCAAGGGACUUUCUUGGCAGCCUCCUCCCUACACACCAACUCCCAGGUUCAGGUAUGUGCUACAUUGUCUCCAUGUACUUUCUGUGAUUAAAGGGUUACUCCAACCUCCAUGACAACUUUCCGUAUGUUAAGGCUUUCUGCUUGAAAUGCUGCUCAUACAGAGAUAUUUGCACUUUUUUUUUUGCCAAGUGCUAAUUACCCCUACUGUGACUGUUAUUUCUCAGCUGCAAAUUGUCUGUCAUCCGUGUGCACUCUCUCAUUCAUUGAAUGAAGCUAUUCUGUCAGCCAGUUUGAGACUGCUGCAUUACACGAGUUAAAUGCUAGCCUGAAAUGUAACUUUAAAAAGUAUGACAUUGUUUACCAUUGUGAGUGACCUACUACAAUUCCAUUUUAUUUGGUUCUGCUCCCGUGUUUGUUCACAUUUUUGUUGUUUAUGGUAAUUGACCCUAGUAAUUUCAUUUUUUUUUUUUUUUCUUAAUUGGAAGUCGGAUUUUAGCAGUGUUUAGCAGCUUAGAUAAAGGCCUCUCACCUUUUUUAUUGCUGUAUAAAAAUGCUGUUCUGACUGAACAUGCCUAAGUUUACAAAUUAGAAAAAGGUUUUGCAAAUACAUUCAUGUUACAGGGUUCUAUAUUUUUAUAUGGAAAAUACAAUAACUGAACAUUGGAAACAUUUUAAAAAGUGGCUACCAGAUCUAUCACAAAACUUAGAUGGUAUUUUUAACACUAUAGGUUCAGCAAUACAGGUUUGUGUUCCUGACCUGUAGUGUUCCUUUAAUUAUUUAGCGCCUUAUAAUCAUAGAAUGGAAGUUAUUGGCAAGUAGUUGACAUAUAAAAUAUUAACAAGCUGAAGAAGGCUGUGCUUGACCUUACAACCAUGAUAUUGCUGGGGAAGUGCCCUGUUUGUAAUGUAACCAUAUUGUGUUUGUGUAACCAUUUACCUCCACAACUCUCCAUUUUAAUCCUAGCUUGAAAGUAAUCCUGAUUUUUUUUUUUUUUUUUUUUUUUUUUUUUUUUUUUUUUUUUUUUCUUCUUCUUUAGGCUGACAUUCUUUAUCUGCUCUGUUGGUUUUACCUCCCCCAUGCUCUUUGAUGAGCGCAAAUAUCCAUAUCACCUCAUGCUGCAAAAAUUCCUCUGCUCUGGUGGACACAACGCUCUCUUUGAGUAAGUGAAAUAUUGGGUUGUCAUGCCAAGAAGUGCGGCAGCUCAGAGGACAGAAUAGUGUGGCUAUGAUUUGUGCAAACAUUACAUAUAGAUAGAUGUAUAGAUAGAUAUGCACAUAAUUUAUAGCCGGGAUACAAGAUUACGUCAUAUUCCGGCGGCCUGCACUCUGUGCACAGAGAAAAGAAAAGUCAUGGGGACAAGCUGCAGACCCACUGCAGUAUUAUAACUGCUACUAAUGUGAAAUAUGGAAUAGGCCGUACAGUAGUUUUUGUGUAAAUGGGUCAGUAUAUGUGUUUGACUGUGUGUGUGUUUUGAGGACUCAGUUUGAUUAAACAAACUCAACAAUCUAUAGUUCCAUUUUUGAAUAUUACACAAAAAUACAUACACAUGUAUAUGAAUAUUUACGUGUGUAUAUAUUGCAAGCAUCACUUAUAUCUGCAUAAAACACUCAAAUUGUAAAGAAUACAAAUCUGAAUUACAUCACUUUAAGCAUACAGUCAAGGCACACCACACACUAUGAUAAAGGAAGAGUACAUUUACUAAACUUUCUGAAGUUUCUAAGCAGUAACCUCUAUAGCCAAGUAUCGCAGUGUGUUUUAAACUCUACUCUUAUUGUAGAGCAAACUAAAUUUAGUAUGUCAGACUAAACUUGGCUCUCUAUUUUUUUUUUUUUUUAAGAACUUUCAACUGGGCUCUUUCAAUGGGUGGGAGAGUACCUGUUGCAGAGGGCCUUGAACACACAGAUCUUCCAGAUGGUACUGGAGAGUUCCUGGAUGCUUGGCUCAUGUUGGUGGAAAAGAUGGUGAACCCCACAACAGUACUAGAGUCUCCUCACUCUCUACCACCAACUAAGUUACCAGGAGGACAGAACUUUCCUCAGUUUAGCUCAUUGCGUUUCCUUGUGGUCACACAGAAGGUAUGUUUCCAAGCUAUUUUUCCACGUAAGUUUCUCGUAUCCUGAUUUGCAUUAUGGGUUGUUUCACGGAUUAGUGUUGAACAGGUUGUGUGUGCAUUCCUCAAUACACCACUUUUUAGUUUUUGGUUUUUUUUACGCCCCUUUUAGGCAGCUUUCACUUGCAUCAAGAAUCUUUGGAACCGUAAACCCUUGAAAGUGUAUGGUGGUCGCAUGGCUGAAUCUAUGCUUGCCAUCUUAUGCCACAUUCUCCGUGGAGAGCCCGUAAUACGGGAACGCCUGAGCAAAGAGAGAGAGGGCAGCCGUGAAGAAGAGGGCCAACAAGAUGAAAGUGGAGCCAGGAGGGAGCCCCAAGUGAACCAGCAACAACUUCAGCAGGUGGGAGUGUGAAUUUGGUUUGUAGUGGAAAUUUUGACUCCGAAGCAUAGUGUCACAAUCAUCAAACAAACUGCAUAUUAAAGCAGUACAUUUAUAUAUCUCCGAAUAUUAUUUCUAGCUUCGGUCCUUUCAUCUCUAGCAGAAUUAUUUUCCUAAAUAUAAAAUGAUGUGUCCUAAUCUAUUUGUCUUUUUUCUCUAUAGCUCAUGGAUAUGGGAUUCACAAGGGAGCAUGCAAUGGAAGCCUUGCUCAACACUAGUACCAUGGAGCAGGCCACCGAAUACCUUCUCACCCACCCGCCACCUCUUAUUGGAGGUGUUGUACGGGUAAGUGUGGCAGUGCGAAAAUCCAUUUUACUUUUUGUUUGGCCCACCAAUGCAUUGUAAUGCUUCCUCCUCCCCCCUCCACCCUCAUCACAUUCGUCUCCUUCACUCCAUUCCAGCCCCUUUCUACCGCAGGCUUCACUGUGCCACUCAUCAAGGCAGAUUUAGAGGUAUUCACAAGUGAAAGUUUAGGUUAUGCUAGUCAGUCUGUAAAUAUUCAUCUGCCUUGUGUCUAAAACAAUUGAAAUUUAGCUUAGUAGUCAAAGUGUUAAUGAUAUCACAGCAAAACAGGUUCCCCUGGCCAAGCUGCAACAGCUCCCUUCUCACCCUCUGCUCCAAUGUUCCCAAUUCCCAUUGGGUACUUGAUGUCUUUUCUCUGCUUGUGCGCCCUUACUCUCAUGCCCUGACCUCCCCAUUCUGCAGAGCAGCCCAGCUGACGGGGUAUCUGUUGUUGCUCUGCAGGACUUGAGUAUGUCAGAGGAAGAUCAGAUGCUGAGAGCCAUUGCCAUGUCGUUGGGACAAGAUAUCCCUAUGGAACAGAGGGCAGAGCUGCCCGAGGUACAGUACAAGCCCAAAAUUGGUUAAUGGGGGUUAGGCAAAGGGGACAGUGUUUUAAACUGUCCGUUUCAGCAGAAACUCAUGGACAGGGUUUGAAGGGAACUGGCUCUUGUGCCUGCGUUAGAAAAGGUUGAGCACUCCCUUCUCCCAUCUUCCUGUCCAAUGUAUCCUGCCGUGUUUUUGUUUUUUCUCUUUUAUCCACUUAACCCCUGCUUCUUCCCCUCCACAUAUGGUGACGUUUUGUUUUUUUCCUCCCCCAACACUUGAUGCGACCACUGAAGUGGAAUGUGUUCUGUUGUGUUUUUUAAAGGUGUUUUUUCUUUUUUUUUUUUUCUUGGCAAUUGAAUAUUUUUUUUAAGAAAAAUGUAAACGCUUGUCUCUGUUGUAAAAAAAAAAAAAGAGGGGAAGUCUUCAGUUCAGUUCUUCAGUAUCAGAGGCAGAUAUGGUAGUCUUCAGUUUUAUAGAAGUAUUGAUGUCCAAUAUCUCUGGCCUGUUUUGCAAAGAGCCUGGUAAAAUAACACUGGCACAUCUUUUUAUGAUUCCUGCAGGAAACUGCUCGUCGUAAAGAGGAGGAGGAACGCAAAGCACGUGAAAAGCAAGAGGAGGAGGAGGCAAAAUGUCUGGAGAAAUUUCAAGAUGCCGAACCGCUUGAGCAGGAUGAGCUUCAUGGGUUUACAGACACAAUGCUUCCAGGAUGCUUCCACUUAUUGGAUGAGUUGCCGGACACAGUGUAUCGUGUGUGUGACCUUAUUAUGACUGCCAUAAAGCGCAAUGGGGCAGACUACAGAGACAUGAUACUCAAGCAAGUGGUUAACCAGGUAAGGCCAAUUUAACCAUUCCAUGAUCAUGGCAGUUUGGGCUUUUUUUUUUUUUUUUUUUUAACUGUUUCUCAUCUGAUACUCAUGUAUUCAUUCUAUUUGAUAUUCUGAUAUGACAAUGAAUAUAAAGCGGCACAUUCCUUAUUGAACUAUGGCAGCAAUGACUACCUCCUAACAAUCACAGCAGAAAGGAAACAAAACUGUUAGUACUCCACAUCGUUAAUAGUAUUCACUAUCAUUAAUUCCUGUUGUCAACAGCUGAAUAAUGCAACAUGUUUUAGAAGGCCAAUUUUCACCUAACCUUUGAGCCUCUCUUCAGACCCCGCACACCAAAUCCUUUUUUCAAGUUGUCUCCCUGAGAUGUUGAAACCCUGCUGUGCAUAAUAUCAUGCCAUAAUUAAAGGAUCACUAAAGUGCCAAGAAAACAAACUCAUUUUCCUGACACUAUAUAAUCCUAGAUUCUCUGAAACUGCUAUGUUUACAUCUGAAGGGUUAAAACCUGGGGUCCUGGCACCCAGUCCACUUCUUUGAGCAGGUCAUUUAAGAGGCUCAAAAAACUGAGUUUGCUUGUCUUAUUUGCACCCAAUAAUUGCAACUAAACAUUCAUAUGAAUUGAUUUGUAUUUGUGUUUUGUAGGUUUGGGAAGCUGCAGAUGUUCUUAUUAAAGCCGCCCUUCCGUUGACAACUAAUGACACUAAAACUGUGUCAGAAUGGAUCAGUCAAAUGGCUACCCUUCCUCAAGCUUCCAACCUGGCCACUCGCAUCCUUUUGCUAACGCUACUUUUUGAGGUGAUUGCUCCCAACCGCUUUUUGCAUAGCCAUUCUGUUUUUGCAUUCUGUUCACUUGAAAUGUUUGAGGAAACUAAAACGCCAUUAGCGUUUUAUCAUGGUUUUUAAUGGGAUUUUUUUCAAUGGAAACCUUACUUUUGUUAAUUCUUCUUCCAAGACACACACGUUGCUUCUGAAAUAACCAGAGCUGCAUAGCCAAAUCUGAGUUACCGUCCCAUUAGGACAAAGGUCUCACUUACAAAUUAAGUUUUUGCCUUGUGAUUUUCUUUCAUGAUACUGGCAAAAUGUAGACAACCCCACUCCUGGACGAAAUCUUUAUGGGAAUGCUCGGGUUGUUGUCAUAAAAUGUCACCUUUUACACUAAAUGUUCUAUACCUGCGGACAUAAAUGAUUGCACAAUCUGUGUGGUACAGCACAUUCAUGCAGCUCCCCAUGCAAAUUAUAAUCAAAUAGUGAAUAUGUAAGCAUGCACACUAAAGAUCAAAAGGAAUUUGAGUUGUUUGUACCAACUGAAACAUGUUUGUGCCCAAGACUAGUUAGUCUCUCCACAUAAUGUUAAUUGAAGGAAGCUCAGUUCUCUAUAAGGUAUCUCUGAGAGCCACUCUGAAUAGACUUGUGUUAUAAUCUCCAUAUAUAACCAUUGGAAGUAACUGUCCUGUAAAUAGUAUUUUAAGCUUUCUACUGUAGUGUUAACAUAUAAAAUGCUUUUAUUGGGCAGACUAGAUGGGCCAAAUGGUUAUCUGCAGUCUCAUUCCAUGUUUCUAUAUAAUGCCUGCUUUAAAAAAAAAAAAAAAAUAUUAUAAUCUGUUUUUUUAGCCUAUAAUAAUCUCCACAAAAACAAAGAACAAGGCUAGCCAAUAAUAAUCUCCACUCUGAAUUGCUUGGUGUUCAUUGUUUGUUACUAUCUCCUUUUUUUAUAGUUUUUAAAAACAUAUUUUCAAUUAAAAAAAAAUUAAUAAUACAAAAAAAAUAUAUAUAUAUAUUUUUUUUACAUUUUGUCAGGAGCUGAAGCUGCCAUGUGCCAGGAUUGUGGAGACGAGUGGCAUUCUUAAUGUUCUGAUAAAACUGCUGGAAGUGGUUCAGCCCUGUCUUCAAGCAGCAAAAGAGCAGAAGGAAGUACAGACCCCCAAGUAAGACCAUACCAUCUGAUAUUCCUAACUUGAUGAAUACGAUUUCAUGCGAAUGUGCAUUACUCUAGAGAAUGCUUACUGGUGUUGCACGAGGUUGAUGCUUGUAAAACAAUCGGCACUUUCUAUGGUUUAGCUGUAUGGAAGCCAGGUUCAUUGUGUCUUCCUGGACUGUUAUGGCUUCGUGCUAAUGGAAAAGAGUUGUCCUGUAUUAUGUAGAAUACUACGCUGCAGUAUGAAAUCAAUCAUGGUUCUUCUCUUGGGAUCACUCCUUGAUUGGUCUUUCUUCCAAACUGCAGCAUAUGAUUACUCCUUACUGUAUUGUGAUUUUGGCACAUUACAUGGCAGAAAAGACAAUACUAAAAACAGUCCAUAGUAUGGCAAAGCGAAAAAGCUAAAGUCCCAUUCUCUUGACAUGUAUGCCUUGCUCAGGAGUGUUCAAUUUAGAAAAUAUUUAAACCUUUUUUUUGUCCUUUUACCUCAACUUAUUUAAUAACCACAUUUGGGAAGCAUACUUUAAAUGAUUGCUGUGCAAUUGCUGAUUGCUGUUUCUUGUUUUCAGGUGGAUUACACCAGUCUUGCUGCUGAUUGAUUUUUAUGAGAAAACCUCAAUUUCUUCCAAGAGGAGAGUGCAAAUGAACAGGGUAUAUGCAUUUUGCUAAACUUUCUAAUGUCUGCAUUAUUACACAAAUUUUGGAGUCUUGCAUCUAAAUCCCGACCGUUUUAGUUAAGCCAUUUGUAUUUAGUCCCUUUUGAACAGUGCCUUGUCAAAUGCAUUAAAUGCAAACAUCCCUGCCAAAUCCGGUUCCCCCCACACCCCCCUUCCCUUUCUCUAUUUUGUGGGUAAUUCACAGCACAUUGGCUCAUAUAUCAAGUGCUUCUCAGAUUAGAAAUUUACAUAUGCUCAAUCAAAUACAUUGCACCAGUAUAUGCAUUGUUCCUCGUGGAAGUUAAUGUUUUAUGAGAUACUAUAUAGUGGGAUGCCAGGCAUGUGUUAUCGAGCAAUUAUCUAUAUCCUCUUUCCUGUUCUUGCAAUAGUUCAGGACAGUUAAAGGAGAACCUUGACUUUGUCAUUCGCUAGUUUGCAUAAAUUCCAGUAUUGUCCAGUCUCCUUUUAAAAUGUAGCUGAAUUUAAAAAUUUUUUUUUUUUUUUUUUUUAGAUUGAUUUACUCUUGAGAAAAAUGUGUGUUCUUUUUAUUUUAUGCUUUUUUCCCCUUUUUCUCCUCCAGUAUUUACAAUCGAAUGGUAACAAUUGGCGUUGGUUUGAUGACAGAUCAGGCCGCUGGUGCAGCUACAGUGCAAGCAACAACAGUACCAUUGACACUGCAUGGAAAGCUGGAGAAACAUGCGUGCGCUUCACUGCCGGCCGUCGGAGAUACACUGUUCAGUUUACCACCAUGGUGCAGGUGAUUGUCUACCACACUGUCAAUGAUGUCAUUACAGCAAUGCGUGAGAACAUCCAUUGUAUAGCGCUGACUACUGCUGUAAAUACAGUUUUAUUCACAACUUUUCUUAAUGGCUGCCUUCUGCUACAACUUUGUCAUGUUUCAUAAAGAUUUGAUAUUGGCACACAAAUGGUGGCGUUAAUGGCUGUUCCCAGUUAUAUUAGCUGUAGACAUUAGGCAGAUGGUAUCCUGAUACAUGUAACUACUGUUCUUAUAAGAAUACAGACUGGAUUUGGUUAAUUACUCUAUCUAAAUAUGAGAUUUAAAAAAAAAAUAAAAAAUUUUUUUUGCCCUGUUCUUUGCAGACUGUUAAUCCACUUGCUAAAUCAAACACUCCCUCCAAUAUGAGGCAGUACUUGGAUUCUGUGUUGCAUCGUGUGGUCCCUAAUUCUAUUUUGGCUCCCACAGGUAAAUGAGGAAACUGGAAAUAGACGGCCUGUAAUGCUAACCUUACUGCGUGUCCCGAGGUUGCUCAAGGGUGGAAAGAAUGGAAAUGGGCAAGAACUGGAAAAGACAUUAGAGGAAGGAAAAGAAAUGGAGACAAAACCAAAGGAAGACAGCGUUUCUGGUAAAAAUUGUCACCACAUGUUUAAAAUGCCAUUCAACAAAUGUUUCUCUACAAUAUUUAACAUCUUUCUUUAUUUUAAUAAUGAGAGGUUACAUCGUUUCAAAACUGGCAUCAUGCAACAGUACAGCUGUCUUUAUUUUGUGCAAAUGUUGUCAGGAGGGGGUUAAAAACUGCCAAGUAAGGGCAAAAUACAUUUUUAUUACAUUUUAGGGUAGAAAACUAGAGAGUUUUAGAGGGUAGAAAACCAGUAAAAUGAAUCAGCUUUCAUGCUUAAGCCUGGGAUGUUUGCUAAGUGAAGCAAAGGUAAAAGUAGAAAGUAUUCAAGUGGUGAAUAUAUUUAAUGUUGGGUUUCCAUUACAUCCAUAGUUCAGACGUGUUUGAAUUUGCGGUCACUCCUUUCUUCAAAGAAAUGUUCAUUGGCUUAUUCACUAAAUUAAGAAUUCUUAUAUAUUUUUUUUCUCUCUGAUAUUUACUGCAUACUUUUGUUGUAGAGUCCACUCCAGCAUCAGAAACCACUCCCACAGAAAAGGAAUCCCCUGUUGAAGAGCCAAAAGUUGGGGAUAUUGUUAUCCAGGGACUGACUGAAGAGAUGGUGACUGUCUUGAUUCGUUCAUGUGUCAGCAUGUUGGGCGUUCCUGUGGAUCCUGAUACAUUACAUGCAACUUUGCGGUUGUGCCUACGUCUUACCCGUGACCACAAGUAUGCCAUGAUGUUUGCAGAGCUGAAAAGCACACGCAUGAUCCUUAGCUUGAACCAAACUUCUGCAUUCAAUGGGUUUACUCCGCUCGUCACUCUUCUCUUCCGACACAUAAUAGAGGAUCCGUGCACUUUGCAGCACACAAUGGAAAAGGUACAUCCCUUUGCUUACAGACAAAAUGACAAAGCCCAGUUCUCUCUUAAUAUUGUUAACAUUUCCAGUGCACUAUGGUAAUCCUGCUGCUGUAUUUACAGAACUCUGGGGCAACCUAUAACUUAAAGGAUAUUAAGAUUUAUUAUUUAAAUUAACCUUAAUUUAGUUCUUCUCUUGUCUGUUCACAAAGUAGCAGUUACUAAAAAAACUUUCUCAUUUCUGCUCUGUAGUAUUUAAUGUCUGUAUUCCCUUCUGAUUUCACCUCAGUUUGGAUGAUCGAAGUCUAAACAUUUUAAUCUCGUAAUUACCUUUAAUAAAAAUUAUAUCCCCUACCUCCUCUAGACUGUGAGCUCGUUUAAGCAGGGUCCUCAUCUAUCCAUUGUUCCUGUAGCAUUUUGUAAUUGUCUCUAAUAUUGUGAAGCUCUGCAGAAUAAGUUGGCGCUAUUAUAAAUACCAGUAAUAUUAAUCCCUGUCCUCCAUUUCAGUUAAGUUCUUGACAUAUUCAGUUUGCCCAUUUCCCAUGCCUAGACUGAAACCCUGUCUGUAGACAUGUCUGUGUUUCUCUUGGUUUGAAUACCUUAUACACAUUUUCAUAUAUUUUAAUUUCUUCAAACAAGUGUGAAAAAACUAAUAAAAAUUUAGCACUUCUUGCAUCCAUCUUCAUUCAAGCAAUUGGUCUUGAGAUAAUGCCCUACAUGAUUUGCUACCAGUAGUGAUGUCCCAAACUGUUCGCGAACGGUUCGCCGCGGACUCAUCAUUGAGUAAACUUUGACCCUGUACCUCAGUCAGCAGACACAUUUCAGCCAAUCAGCAGCAGACCCUCCCACAUCCUGGACAGCUCACUAAGAAUGCAGCUUCACAAUGAAUUUAAAAUGGAUGCUGUCCAGGAGGUGGGAAGGUCUGGGAGGGAGGGUCUGUUGCUGAUUGGCUGGAAUGUGUCUGCUGACUGUGAGGUACAGGGUCAAAGUUUACUCAAUGAUGAGUCCGCGGCGAACCGUUCAGGACAGUCUCUGGUGCAACCUAUCUUUUCUCUGCAUUUUCCAUCCCUACCAUUAGUUGUUCCUGUAGGUACAAAGCUGGCUUAGUAUAAGCAAAGCUAAAUGGGUAGAUAGAGCUAGAAGUCCCUUCUUUUUUAGGGUGUCUAUAAAUUGCCAAGUACCUUGACCUAGCAAUAUGCGGGUAUUAAGUUUAGAAACUAAUAGGAAAGCAUUCAUGUAUUUUUGCCAUCCACAUGGGAGAACUGAGAGAACAAGAAAGGCAUACAUUUGCCAGCCACCUUUUUAUAUGUGGUUUCUCUGGAUGGCAUACAUUUUUUUUUGUGGUUAAUAAAUUCAGUUCAAAUAAUCACCAAGUGCUUAUUUAUCACCAUGCUGUCUUGCAAAUCAAUGGCGUAUAGUAAUUGAAACUUUCUCUCCUUUAAAAAAAAAAAAAAUCUUGUUUAAUCCAAUAGUUUUGAAAUUGUUGAAUAAUCUGGUAGUGUUAAACCAUUCUUAGCACUUUUCAUAGAUCUUUAACCUUGUGUUUCUUUUGGUUUUUUUAGGUUGUGCGUUCUGCAGCCACCAGUGGGGCUGGAAGCACCACAUCUGGUGUAGUAUCUGGAAGCUUAGGUUCUCGAGAGAUAAAUUACAUUCUUCGAGUUCUGGGCCCAGCUGCUUGUCGAAAUCCAGAUAUUUUCACAGAGGUGGCAAAUAACUGUAUACGAAUAGCUCUGCCUGCACCCAGAGGAUCUGGAACAGGUGAGCAGCUAAAUCUUUAUCACUAUUGUGUGUUUAUUUCCGUAUUCCGUAUUAGUCCAGUAGACCAGAUGCCAAAAUACCAGAGUAUUGCAGUAUGCAAUGCUACCUUUUUACUAAGCUAGUUGAGAAAAAAAAAAAACUCAAUCAAGAAAACAGUAGAGCAGGGCAUGCAAGUAUAUAGCUGCAUAUAUGUAUGUAUAUAAAUUAAUCCAAUAAAGGUGAAGCGAGAAUAUAGCAAAACUACUUGUAAUGUAGAUUCCUGCUUUCUCACAUACUACCAAAACUUUUUUUUUUUUUCUUUUGUCUUUUCAACUAGCUUAUUGGCUCUCCUCUGUUUUAUUUACUCUUUCUGGCUAUUCUCAGCCAACAUGCACUUUUCACUUUCAGGCACAUCUUCUGCUAUUUAUGACACCCACUCACCCCCACCCCUCCCCUCACCUUAUCUAACAUCAGUUGUUUUAAGUGUUAAACUAUAUCAGAUUGAUUAGUAUUGCUUCAGACAACGUGUAAGAGAGGAAACUCUCAAAAGCUUGUCUUUGAAAUAUGUUGGUCCAAUAAAAAGGUAUCGUUGCAUACUCUGGUAAAAUAAAUAUAUAUUAUAUUAUAUUAUAUUUUAUAUUAUAUUAUAUAUUCUAUUAUAUUAUAUCCUAUUAUAUUCCUGAAAAGGAUUGAAACGUUGAUCCUACUUGAUCUCACUUUUUAAUCUUGCUAAUAAAGAAUAUAUUUUAUUGAAGACUGUGGGGGAAAAAAAAUAAAAAUGUGUGUGUGUAUUCUCUCUCUUAUCAUGUAUUUAUAGCUACCCCCAGUACAGAUUUGUACAUGUGCACAUGUCUGGAAGUAUGGAUCUGGCCAGCAAAUAAUUGACUCCUGACAAUUUUUAUUUUAUAAAAGUAUUAAUCGCUGCAUUUUUUUAACCAGCCUAGAAGUUGAGACCAGCCCUGUCUUGUAUUUACUACUUGCUUUACUUUCAGCCUCUGAUGAUGAGUUUGAAAACCUUCGCAUUAAGGGUCCUAAUGCUGUCCAGCUAGUAAAGACAACACCUGUAAAGCCCUCUACUCUUCCAGUCAUCCCUGAGACUAUUAAGGAUGUGAUCUACGACAUGCUGAAUGCAUUGGCUGCCUACCAUGCUCCAGAGGAAGGUAACUAAUUUAUUAUGCUACGUGUCAUGCCCUACUUGAUUAGAGAUCUUGCUGAAUCUAUAAAACAUCAGGAUAAUGCCCCUUCCUUUCUAAGUUGCAGAAAAGACUGAGCCGAAGCCCGUGGCUAUGAAUCAAGAAGUCAGUCAGAUCUUGCAGGACAUGGGUGAUGAGGUUUUCCAGCAAUACCGUGAUCUGACCCGGCAGGGCAGUGAUUUCGAUGCUCAGAGCAGCUUUGCCCUGAAUGUAAGGCUUUAUUUUUAUUUAUUUUCUGAUACUGCAGAAAUGGUUCACAUUGAAUGCUGGAAACAUAUUGAUAAUUUUCUAAACAGUAUUAAAAUGUAAACGGCUUUUGUCCCAUUUUUUUUUCUAAUUCUUUAUUUUUGUUGUGCAAAAAGAUUAACAAUCAUGCUUGCUAUGCCACAACGGCAGACAUAAACAUUUCAAGAAACAUUAGUAUGUCAUGUAAUUGAUAACUGCACUUUUUAAUUUUUUUCUCACAAGUUAAGUUACGCAUUCAAGCUUACUAUUACAUGUCAAAUGGAAGUAAACGCUGUAGGUACUGUCGCAUGGUUGCUACCUGACAUGUGAAAAGACUUUCACAUUUUAUGGUAUGUAAAGUAAUAGAAAAACAUGGCUAAUGACAGACUUGGGUACUGCAGGCUUCAUAUGAAUUUUUAACUAAAAACGCAUGAGGAGAAACACAUGAGAAGAUCCACCAGGUUGUUAUGGGAAAGGUGUUAAAAUUAGUGUGGUGGCCACUGGGACUCUUCAAUGUAAUGUCGUUACAACUAAAUGCCUGUGGCAAAUUGGGAAGCAUGUGACAGGAAUCACAGACAAAAAAACAGAAUAAACUGAAUAACAUUCUUGGUUAGUGUGGGGCACUUGCAGAUUAUUUGCUUAGGGAAAGGCAGUUCAUCUACUUAGGCGAUGCCACAAGCAGGCUUCUUCUGGGAGCCGAUUCUGCACUUCUCCAUGGUUUGCUUGGUGUUUCUGCUCCAGCAUCCUGUCUGUGUCAAGAGGCCCUCGGGUGCAUGAAAAAUUGUAUUUUUGUGUGGAUCAAUCGAGCGGCGUUCCAUCAUCCGCUCUGCCAGCCGAACCCGGGUCGGACAACGAGCCGGUGCCUGGGAACCACCAGCCCCUCCAGCUCCCUUGAAAGGGUUAACGUCCGGGGGUUCUCCAUACCACAGGCAGUUUCCCCCUUGUGUGGCUGCUUGAUGGGCACCGUGCCCAUUGUGACUCCUGGCCCAGGGGGUACGGUGGGUGCCGAGGGUACGGUGAGUAUCUGUUCUGCUUGACGGGCCUCCAGUCGGCUCCAAAAUGCUGCGCGGAUCGCAUCAAAGGUAGCAGUAAAUUUGGCUUCCCAGCUGCUCCCUGAGUGUGUGGUUGUUGUGGCAGCCAUUUUAACAGCGCCAUUCAGUCGUGCUCUGUCCCAGUAGCUUUUAGCUGUAUCGCCACAAGGUCAGCUGCUGCUUUUUCCCUGGUGGGGACCGGGAUAACCCCCACCGGUCCAAAGGGGGGGGUGAACGGGGCAACCUCUUCAGUUAUUGCAGAAGGUCCAGGAGGGAGAAUGGCCGCUUCUCCUCCUCAAGGCCCGCCUCAAGCUUGUAGGCCCAAAUUUAAUUUAGAGCCGCAGGUCGAUAAUAAAGGCUCCAGACUCUCACAAGAAAGCUCCCCUGCAUACCGGAACAGAUAUUGAACUGAUUGGUGGUCGUUUGGGGCAAUAAUCCCACUGUAAAGGUUUGGAUUACAAGAUUUUUGUGAGGCGCUCACUUUCAGCACGUCUGGCUGCCUUGCUGGUCAGGCCCUGCCCCCUCUUGUCCCAUUUUUGAGAACCAUUUAAAUGCACCGUGGCCAGUUCAUUUCAAUGUAGUGCUGUGGGUGCAGUGGCAAUAUAAUUUAAACCCUGCAAUGCAAAACGUUACUGUUUUAUAGAAACUACAAUGUUUUACAUUGCAGACUAAAACACACUUCUCGUGGUUGUCUUCCAGACCAAAUUAAUUCAGUGUUUUCCUAUGAAAAGCAAUUAAAGGGACACUGUAGGCACCCAGACCACUUCAGCUAAUUGAAGUUGUCUGGGUGCUGCCCGUAUUGCACUUAGUGCUGCAAUGUAAAACAUUGCAAUUAAUUCCAGAGAAUUAAACCUAUAGUGCCAGGAAAACGGGUUUGUUUUCCUGCCACCAUUUGAUCCCUUUAAUUGGAUGUGUGCGGCACUCGCCAGACAUGCAUCGGUCACAAUAAUCCUCGGGGAAUGACACAUUUCAGAUGACUUUGUGGUUGGGGUGCAGGCAGUAGCCUGCUGAGGUAGUCUAACUCUGGAUUAGGGGACUAUAUCGUUGGGAAUACAGGUUUGUAUUUCUAGUGUUCCUUUCAUUAUUUUUUUUAGAGGGAAAAAAAAUCAUUUUCUUUCACUUGUUGUAUAAGUAUAAGUGGGUUAAUCUGAAAAGAGCAGACAUUAGGCUGUUAGUAUAGGACCUGCCAAAGAUGGGGUACAUUGACGUUGUGGCAGGCUUAUGCAAUGUAUGAUCAUAUAAUGUAACUAAACCCCCAUUAUCUUUGCCUAGAUUAGGUGUUUAAAAAAAAAAAUACUAAUAAAAUCUGUCAACAUUGAAGUUGCUGUUUAGUGGAUAGAUGAGUGUGCUGGAUCUUGUGUAUUGUAUAAAUUGGCCCCCAUCAGCACCCCAUUUAUGCAUGUUCAGGUGAGUGCAGCCCCCUGGUUUAGUGUGUAUAUCUAUAUAUGUGUAUAUAUAAUUAUACACACACGCACACACCUUUGUUUUGAUACUAGCCAUUAAUUUUAAAUACAUUGGGCACUAAAUUUCGCUUUGCUUAAACCUUUCCAAAAUGUAUUGAUGCUAAAUGUUUCUUCAUAGGCACGUGUGUUUACAGCAGACAGUACAUCCACUGAGACUCCCCAAUCUGGAACACCACAAGGAGAAGGUGUGUCCUAAUUAUAAAGUUUUUUUUUUGCUUUUAAAUCCAAUUACGUAUGAUUUGCUUAUACUUUCGCUGCAAUUAUUUGUCAGAAAUGGCAACAAAAAGAUAUUUUCUGGUCUUAUUUCGGCUUUUAAUUUCUAUAGGCCCAAACUUUCUCCGACAAUAAUAUUCCCCAAACUCGUUUAUUCUGAUGGCUAAAAUAACAGUUUCAGGUUAAUUGUCUGAAUGAAAGAUCAAAUGGCUCUUUUUUUAUUUAUUUUUUAGCAGCAUUAACUCCUGAGGAAAAUAGAGAAGGAGGAAAGAAGGAUAAGGAAUCUGAGCGAAUUUCGGAGGAGGGGAGAUUAAAGGCAAGAGCCAGUAAACCUUUGCUUCCUACUUCUACCAUCCUCAGAUUAUUGGCUGAGCUGGUCAGGUCCUAUGUGGGUAUUGCCACUCUCAUUGCCAACUACAAUUACACUGCAGGACAGUCAGAGCUUAUUAAAGAGGUAAGUUGAAAAUAAACCGUUUAUGUACUCUGCUGAUGGUGGAAUUUCCAGACUCAGCUGAUUGUUUUGCAUUGACAGGAUUGCAGUGUGCUGGCAUUUGUUUUGGACCACCUCUUACCACACACUCAGAAUGCUGAGGACAAGGACACACCAGCUCUUGCCCGUCUGUUCCUGGCUAGCCUUGCUGCAGCGGGAAGUGGCACUGAUGCACAGGUGGCACUUGUGAAUGAGGUGAAAGCAGCUCUUGGCAGAGCAUUGGCUAUGGCUGAGAGCACAGAGAAACAUGCCAGGUGGGAAUUGUGUGUGUCGUAAGUCUCUAAUCUGCUUAUUCAAAGGUUAUGGAAUCUUUUGUUAUAGCUGAUCUAAACCAGUUUAUGUUGGUAUGGGUGUAAUGGUUUCUUUAUAAUUUAACUUAAAAGAAAAAAAGUAUUUCUCAAAAUAACCAAAGUGUAUGUAUAAAACGGUCUUACUCUUGUUAAAAAAAAAAAAUAUAUAUAAUGAUCUAGAUACAAGUAUUUUACUAUAGGUUGUGCUUGCCUGUUUGUAUUUCAGAUUGCAGGCGGUAAUGUGCAUUAUAAGUACGAUCAUGGAGUCCUGUCCAUCCACCUCUAGUUUCUAUAGCACUGCAACCACCAAAACCCAGCACAACGGAAUGAAUAACAUCAUCCGACUCUUCCUCAAGAAGGGUCUCGUUAGCGAUUUGGCUCGCGUGCCGCACAGCCUUGAUCUGUCCAGGUAAAGCCCAUUUUAUCACAUUACACUGAAGGUUAAAUACAAAACUUGAUAACUCUUAGGAAGUUACACAAUUGAAUGGACUUCGAUGGAAGAGGAAAGAAUAUGGCCCGUCUGAGUGCCUCAAUUGACAUUUGGAGUACAUUUAUGUUUCUGAUCUCUGACAGAUUCAGUUUUUUUUUUUUUGUUUUUUUUAAAGGACCACUAUAGUGCCAGGAAAACAUACUCGUUUUCCUGGCACUAUAGUGCCCUUAGGGUGCCCCCACCUUCAGGGUCCCACUCCCGCCCAGCUCUGGAAAGGGGAAAGGGGUAAAAAAGUACCUUUUUCCAGCGCUGGGCGGAGAGCUCUCCUCCUUCUCUCCUCCUCCGUUCCGCCCCGUCGGCUGAAUGCGCACGCGCGACAAGAGCUGCGCGCAUUCAGCCGGUCACAUAGGAAAGCAUUCAUAAUGCUUUCCUAUGGACGCUGGCGUGCUCUCACUGUGAAAAUCACAGUGAGAAGCACGCAAGCGCCUCUAGUGGCUGCCAAUGAGACAGCCACUAGAGGAAAUAGGGGAAGGCUUAACCCAUUCAUAAACAUAGCAGUUUCUCUGAAACUGCUAUGUUUAUUAAAAAAUGGGUUAACCCUAGCUGGACCAGGGACCCAGACCACUUCAUUAAGCUGAAGUGGUCUGGGUGCCUAGAGUGGUCCUUUAAGUCUUUUUUUUCUUGUGCUGAUAUACAUUUUAUUCAUAUUUACCUAUAUUUUUUUUGUUUGUGUUUUUUUUUUUUCAGCCCAAACAUGGCAAACACUGUAAAUGCAGCACUCAAACCUCUGGAGACUCUGUCUCGUAUUGUGAACCAGCCUAGCAGCCUGUUUGGAAACAAAGGGGCUUCAGGAAAGAACAAAUCUGAGCAGGACACCCAUGGAGCUACCAGAGACCCAAACAGUAACCAGCCAGACACAGGUACUUUAGGCAGGUGCAAGUCCUGUAAGAACACAACGUGUAUGACUGAGUUGACACUUGUAUGCCUGUGUUUGAAAACUGGUGUUGGGAAUCUUCACCUUUUGAGUUGGUGGUCACUCCCUGUAAAAAAAUAAAUAAGUUAAUUCUACAAAUAGUGAUUAAUGUGAAGCGGAGUUGAAUAUAAGAACAAAAAUAAAUAAAAGUGGUAGACUCUUAUUUUCGAUUUGUUUCGUUGGGUUUUUCUCUAUGUAGAUUUUUUUUUUUUUUGGGGCACAACUUCCACUUUUAAUAUUUUCUUUACUUUGGUGGGCAUAGAGGGUAUUGCACCCAUUUUAUGUAUUCUGCCCACAUCAUCUCUUCUUUUUAGUGCUUCCCCUUUGUGUUUACAUUUAAAUAAAAUAACACCCUCCGUACCUUCAGGAAUUUAUUUCAUGUUUAAAUGUAAAUUUGCCCAUGUGCAUAUUGCUGGACUUGGCCUUUUAAGUUCUGUAUUCUAAAGAGUCUAAAUCAAAUACUACACCUGCAACUGUCUACGUGCAAACAUCCUUCAGUGCAGAAAAUCAAGUAGCAGGCGGUGUUCAUUUACCCCUGGUAGGGGGCAAAACACUUUACCCUCUACAGUUGCUUAACAUUUGUUGUCAUGCCAUAUAUGUACACAGUCUAAUUGCGACUAUCUUUAGGUGAAGCCGGAGCUGAGGCUCAAGAGGAGGAUCAAGAUGCAUCCCAAGCUGAAGUAAAUGAUGGGGACAUUAUGGAUGGGGAGACAGAGACUGACACUGUGGUUAUUGCAGGGCAACCCGAAGUCCUCAGCAAUCAGGAGAUGCAGGUGUGACGAUUUUGCCACUAGAAUGUUCGGUGACAAAACAAACUGAGCCUUGUAUGAAAAAACUUUGAGUCUACACUAUUAAGUCAUAAAGUGGUUCUAUAGUUGAGGUGGAUUAUCAACUAAUUUAUUCCAACUAUAGGUUGGAUGUUAGGUGGCAAAAAUCCCUGAUCUGCUAUGGUCCACGACACUAAACAUGAUUAAAAACUGCAUCCUAAGAGGUCACUCGCAUUUUAUUCCUGGUGAUCAGUUAUCAUUUUUAUGUACCAGCUUUGUAAAAAGAAUCAGUGGAAUCAUUUUGUUCUCUUCCUUUCCUAGUGCCCCCUUAUUAUAGACCCAUGGUAACUUGACUGAUUGAAGUGUAACACAGCUUUCUCAACCUCUCAUUUAAUACAGCUCUUAAACAGAUGGCUGAUAUUCCCUUAAGAUAUAUGGGAGUAGUAGCUAAAAAGCCUCUUGGGAGACAUAGUAGUGACACCACAGCUCUCCAGUGGGUUUAUUUUCUAACUUGCACACUUCUUGUUGGUCAGGUGGAAAACGAACUUGAAGAUUUGAUAGAUGAGCUCCUAGAGAGGGAUGGCGCUGCAGGUAAGUCCUUUGUCAUGGUCUAGUAGUGUUUAUUUUAUUUUUUUAAUAGGUUUAGAUAUAUUUUGUGAGCUCAAAUCUGUUUUUAUUUUUAGUGAACAGAGUUGGGGAAGAUGAAUCUCAAGAGGAUGUGUUGAUGGAUGAAGCUCCAACCAACCUCAGUCAAGCUUCUACCCUUCAGGCAAACAGAGAAGGUAAUAAACUAAGGUGACAUUUGACUAUUUAGUAUGACCUGCUCUGUCACUACUUUUAUGGUAGACUUAUUUUCCUUUUUAUUGAAGCAAGUUAGUUUAUACUAUCGGUUAACUUCUAGUAGUAAUCUUCUUGAUAAUGUAAUCUGGAAUAUAUUCUGUGAGCAAAUGUUUUUUCCAUGUUGUAAUAUGUAAGGCUUGUUUGUUAAAUUGGGAGAUGGGUGUUGAGGGCUGUUUCCACCUCUUAAAGGGACACUCCAGGCACCAAAACAGCUUCAUCUUGAUGGUAAACGAUGCCACCAGGCAGGGGCACUGCUGAUUUGUUGAGAGAAGACAGCUGACACUUUCAGCCAGUCAGUGACUCACCAUUCACAAAACUGACUUGAGACUGGUACAUUUUUUUCCAAGGCAGUUUAGUGAAUGGGGAGUCACUGAUUGGCUGUUCGAGAACGGUUUAACCUCUUGAGGUAAGAGCGCCUCCUGGCACCAUAACAAAUAAAUGUAAAUGAAGUUGACUUGGUGCUUAGUGUCCCUUUAAGGUCAAAUAUUGAAGAUUUUCCUACAUACUGUCUUUUUUUUCUUUUUUUCUUUUUUUUUUUUGCGGCUGUGUCCUCUUAUAAGGUUUUAAAUACCGUAUUUAUCGGCGUAUAACACGCACCGGUGUAUAACACUCACCUCAAUUUAAGAAAGAAAUUUCAGGAAAAAAAAACCUUAAAUUUCAAAUAAAGAACUUCUUACCCCCCUUUCUUACUCCCACCUCCCCCUCUUCUUACUUCCUCCUCCCCCUACCUCCCUCCCCUCUCUUCUUACUUCCCCCUCUUACCCCCUUCUUACUCCCCCCUCCCCCUCUUCUUACCCCCCUUUCUUACCCCCCUUUCCUUUCCCCUCUACCCCUUUCUUACUUCCCCUCUUACCCCCUUCUUACUCCCCCUCCCCCUUCUUACCCCCCUUCUUACUCCCGCCUCCUCCUGUUUCUGUUUCCUGUACCCGGUCGGACUGACAGGAAGGUGCACACUGAGCGUGCACCUUCCUAUCCUCUGGCCGGCCACCGCGGACAGCAGAGCAGCUCGGCCACGCUGCAGGAGAGGUGAGAACCAACUGCAGCCGCCUGACCGCUCUUGACAGAGCGCUCAGGCGGCUGCAGCAUUUAAAGGGCUGGCGUAUAACACGCACCCAUAAUUUGCCCCCUAUUUUCAGGGAGAAAAAGUGCAUGUUAUACGCCGAUAAAUAUGGUACAUAUAUUUAAAAAAAAACAAAUGGGCAAGUGAUUAUCAGGCUGGUUUAUUGUUUCAGUAAACAAGAGAAAGAGUGAGUGUCCUUAAAAUAUAACUUUUAAUGGUAAUUCUAAAAUAUAAUCAACAUUUCCUAAAUAGGAAUAAUAUAGUGAUAAACUAAGGUACACACUAAUAUUCACAAGUAUAAUAAUAAACCGAGGUAUAUACAUAUUCUAGUUGGUAACUUAUAAAUAGGAAAAUAUGUGAAGACGCCCUGUGACAACUACCAGCCAUUGUGGUCUGCAAAAACGAUUCUGUGCAGAUACCACUUGAUAGGGCUUUCUUUAAUAGCCAGUGUUAACCACCAGCCACUGUGGUCUGCACAAACUAUUCUGUGCAGAUACUAUUUGAUAAGGCUUCUAAAUACUUUGCCCUGUACCCUACCUAUUUGAGGCUUACAGGGUGUCUUCACAUAUUUUCCUAUUGAUAAGUUACCAACUAGAAUAUUAUAUACCUCGGUUUAUUAUACUUGAGAAUAUUAGUAUGUAUAUACCUUAGUUUAUCGCUAUAUUAUUCCUAUUUAGGAAAUAUUGAUUAGAUUUUAGAAUUACCAUUAAGUUAUAUUUAAAGGACACUCACUCUUUCUGUUGUUUACUUCUCCAAUCCUUGGGUUAACCCCAAUACGAGUGUUCCUCAGGCUUCCUCUUUCCCGUUUGGUUUGUUUGGUUGUUUGGUUUGUUGUUUCCUACCAUUUAUAGCUGCAUUCAGAGAGUGAUGCCAUGCAAAAUGUUUCAUCUGACAGAUUCUAUGAAUAUCCUAGACCCAGAGGAUGAGGAGGAGCACACACAGGAGGAAGACAGCAGUGGCAGUAAUGAAGAUGAAGAUGACAGUCAAGAGGAGGAGGAGGAAGAAGAGGAAGAUGAAGAUGACCAGGUAUUGCUACAAUUUUCAUAAUGCUCAUUGUUUUUCCCUAGUAAACUGUAAGGCGUUAAAGGGAUCCUAUAGUGCCAGGAAAACAAAAGCUGUUUUAUUGACAACAGCCUUCUGUGUCAAUGCCGAUCUGAUUGUCUCAUUCACGUAUGAGAAAAGCCUGCACAAUAAGGGUAAACUUGUGAUUCCUGAAGUGACAUUGGAUUGCUCCAUUCUGUUCCACCUCUUUAAAAUCAGUCCGCAAUAUCCAAAACUGAAGCCAAUCUCUUUACUCUACUUAUUUUUAUUUAAUACUAAAUUUAUGCCUGUGGCAACCUAUCUACUUCCCCUUUUAGGAUGAUGAGGAAGGUGAAGAAGGAGAUGAGGAUGACGAUGAUGAUUGCUCAGAGAUGGAGCUCGAUGAGGAUUACCCAGACAUGAAUGCUUCUCCUCUUGUACGCUUUGAGCGCUUUGAUCGGGAGGAUGAUCUCAUCAUAGAGUUCGAUAGCAUGUUCUCCAGUGCCAGUAAGCUACAUGGAAAUCUGAUACAUUUGCAGAGCACACUGCAUUACGAGGGCAUAUACCUCAUGAAACUUUUGCAAAUUAACCUCCAGCUAAGACUGUAGGAUCAAGAGUUGCAAGCGAGGAGGUUAAAUAAACACCAAAAACCACGUAUAAGAAGUGUCACAAUGCAAUGAAGCAUCUAUAUGUGACUUAGUGCCUUUAUCUCAUAACCUUAACAUACCUAUGGCCUUUUUCAGCUAGUUGGCAUAGAAAAACACUGCUCAAAUGUCAGCAUCUCCUGAGCACUGUAUGUGAUGUAACUUUUUGCAUUUUUUGCUGAUUUUGACUUUGUAGAGUUUUUGGGAGUGUGUGUGUGUGUGUGGUUUAACUUUAAACUGCUAAAGAUACUUUUUACAACUACCAAUUCUCCAUUCCUGCAGCUGAUAUACCUCCUUCUCCUGGUAACAUCCCUGCAACGCAUCCUCUAAUGGUGCGCCAUGCAGACCACAGUGCCCUCACCCUUGGCACCGGUACAUCUACAACGCGUCUUGCACAGGGCAUUGGAAGAAGCCAGCGAACACUUCGACAACUUACAGCUAAUACUGGGCAUACUAUACAUGUUCACUACCCUGGCAACAGGCAGCCAAACCCACCUUUAAUCCUACAGAGGUGAGCUGAGUAACCAAACAUUUACAUAUUGACAUAGUUACAUUGCUGAAAAGAGACUUGCGUCCAUCAAGUUCAGCCUUCCUCACAUAUGUUUUUGCUGUUGAUCCAAAAGAAUGCAAAAAACCUAGUCUGAAGCACUUCCAAUUUUGCAACAAACUAGGAAGACAUUCCUUCUUGACCCCAAUAUGGCAGUCAGAUUUCUCUUUGGAUCAAGCAGCUAUUACCCCACUUGCUAGUGUAACAUUUGGUUUCAUGGAGGGGUGCUUGAAGAAAAUGCCUUUGGGGGAUAUUUAUCCAUCUUUUGAGAAGUAUAUGGUUAAAGUGACACUAUAGUCCCCAAAAGAACUAGUAAGCUUAAUGAAGCCAUUUUGAUGUGUAUAUAUCACGCCUCUGCAGUCUCACUGCUCAGUUCUCUGCCAUUUAGGAGUUAAAUUACGUUGUUCAUGCAGCCCUGGUCACACUUCCAUGAAUGUGACUUAAACAGCCAUCCUAAACGCUUCCUGUAUAGAGUCAUCUAUACACUUUAUUUUAAAUUCUGUUUAAUUUAGCAUUUAUCUCCUGCACUGUACGAAGCUUGCUAUAUACCCUGCAAGAGUCUUCUGUGUGUAAUUAACAUUCAAUUUACAGAGCAGGAGAUAAAUACUCAUUGCUCCUGUGAAAAAAUUGCAUCGAUUUUCUCCAAAAUCCACUGAAGUCUUUGAUCUCCCUUAAAGUGUUGAAAGUUACGAUGUCAAUAUAGUCUGCUGUUAAAUUUUAAAACAUAUUUCAUGUCCCCUUCAGGUUGCUUGGCCCCUCAGCUGCCGCUGAUAUCCUGCAGCUGAGUAGUAGUCUUCCUCUGCAGAGUCGUGGUCGGGCACGUCUCCUGGUAGGCAAUGACGAUGUCCACAUCAUUGCUCGGUCAGACGAUGAGUUGCUGGAUGAUUUCUUCCAUGACCAGAGCACAGCCACUAGUCAGGCUGGUAAGUAAUUACAGAUGUCCAACAUUAACAGGCAUUAUUUGCUAUGCUCUUCUUUUAAAGCAACUUACCAGAAAAUUAUUUGAUUGGACUGAUAAGCCCUCUAAUAUUUACAGGUACUUAUCUGUGCUGCUUGGAUGCUUUGGUCUCUGUGGUUCUUAAGUCACUGCUCCAAUGUGAAUAAAAUGUCCAUUUAUUUGUGCACUUUCACUUAACUCAAACUUAAAGGACCACUAUAGUGCCCUGAGGGUGCCCCCACCCUCAGGGACCCCCUCCCAACCGGCUCUGGGGAGAGGAAAGGGUUAAAUCUUACCUUUUUUCCAGCGCCGGGCGGGGAGCUCUCCUUCUCUCCUCCCCUUCGGCUGAAUGCGCACGCGCGGCACGAGCUGCGCGCGCAUUCAGCCAGUCUCAUAGGAAAGAAUUUAUAAUUACAGAUGUCCCAGACCACUUCAUUAAGCUGAAGUGGUCUGGGUGCCUAGAGUGGUCCUUUAAACCAGAAUCUGUAGUGGAAUCUCUUCAUAGGCUGUAAAUGCAUUACAUUAUCUGUCACAAUCUGGUUAUUUUCCUUUUUAUGGCAUCUCCUUGGUAUAGUAAAUGUGUACUAAUUCUUCUGGUGUAACAUUAAAUUAUUUUUCUGUACAGGCACUCUUUCCAGUAUCCCAACUGCACUGACUCGUUGGACAGAAGAAUGUAAAGUUUUAGAUGCUGAGAGCAUGCAUGACUGUGUGUCAGGUAAUAAAAACCAAGGCCAUUGUUGACUAACCUCUGUUUUAUUGUUACCAUAGCUGAAAGACUUGGCCUGCAACACGUGUAGGAUUAAAGGUUUACCGAGAUAUUACUAUACUACUCUAUAUAUUCUAUACAUGUUCAUAUAGCAUCUUUGAUACAAUACAUUCCUACUUUUCCACUGGCUGUUUAGGUUGUGCAAUAUUACACUUGUGCAUUUAUUUACAGAAACCUAUGCAAUUCCAUUUUAAAAUUCAAAAGUAUAAUGACCCAUUGUAAAUAAGAGCAGGGCCUAAAGCUUCAAGUCCUACGCAACUAGCCAGACCUUAUGUUCUUCACAAAUGCAAGCCUGGGAGGGUACAUAACACAUUCACCAUGGCUGAAUUUCUACUCCAUAGCAUGAACAAUUUUUUUUUUUUUUUUUUUUUUUUAAACUUGUUAAUGGCUAGUGAUAAUUUUGAGCCCUGAGUAUAAAAAAGUUAAAUGGUAGUGAUCCUUGUAUGUGUCAUUGUUCCAGUUGUUAAAGUCCCCAUAAUAAACCACUUGGAGUCUCUGCGGGAUGAGGAACUUGAGGAGCGACGGGAAAAACGGCGUAAGCAGCUGGCAGAAGAAGAUGCUAAGAUGACAGAGAAGGCGAAGGAAGAGAAGGAAUCCAAAGAGCAAAAUCCACAGGUGCCAUGGGUUGGGUUUUUAUUUUUCGGUUUCAAGUUUGCUUUGUGGCAAGUUUCAGUAAUAGAGUAUGUGUAGUGUGAGGGUGUGGGACACAAGUUCUAGGGUUCCCUGGGGGCUUAAAAUAAAAAAAAAUCAAUUUGUAAUUUGCUUUUGGGCCUUUGUAUGUUCUUUUGUUUGUCUUGUGUGCUAUGGGCAUCACUAUGAUUCUAUGAUACAGUAUAACAUUCUUAAAUAUCGACUCCCCUUUAAUAUUACGGUCUCUUCUUACAGGGUGCCAAUUCCAAGCGAAGCACACCAUUCGAGUUGAGCCUUGCAGGUAUUUCAGGCAUUUUCAGACCUUUUUGCUUGGUUUUUCACAGGUCAACAGCAAACCGAAUUCAAAAAUGCUUUGGGUUGAGGUAGUAGAUUGUAUAGUUUUGGGGUCACACCCGAUCUGGGAGAUAACUAUACAGUUUACUGUCUUUCCUGCGGUAUUGCUUCGCUGCUUGAACAAGAACACCUCUGGAGCAAAAACACAAAGCGCUAAGAAUGUUGAAAUUGUAUUGGAUCUUCAAGCAUUUAACUAAUAUUUACAGUUAUGUAAAUGCCCAUGUAUGCAUUACAUUUCCUCAACAGGUAUUUUUCAUUAUUGACCACAGUGUUGAUGAAGCAAAGAUUCCCCUUUUCUGUGUUCUGCCCACUUCAGGGUGAGGUAGUAAGUUGUAUUGUUGUAAGGGGGUAGAGAUUUUGCCCCCAAUUUGGAGAUAACUAUACAGCUUACUGCCUUCCCAGCGGUGUGGUUGAUUGAUCACUGUAACUUAUUAUUCCAAACCGUAAUGUUGUAUGAGCUUGCUACUUGUUUAAAACUUGUAUUCCAUAUCUUUAUACAUCCUCCUGUUUACAUUUCUCUUCUGUUUACACCCUAGAGCAAGAUGCUAGUGGGAAUCCUGAGAACUUCCCUACUGCUCCUUCAUCUGCUGAGGGAACCCCUACAAGCCCUGAACUGGUUCCCCUUGAUCCAACUCUAAGAUCUCAUCCCCCUGAGGCCUCGUUGGCUGAGCUGCCUCAAAGUUUGCAGAUCGAGUCAGGAGCAGAUGAUGGGCAGUUGUUAAUGCCAACUGAUCAAGAGGAGUCUGAGCCAGGAAGACCUAAUAUAGAAGGGGAUGCUACUCAAAUGGAACUCUCUCCAGCCCCUACCAUCAGUCAGUGAUUUUCUUUCAUAUGUGUUAUAAACUUUUUAAAAAAUGUGCUCAGAUAUACAAUCUCAGACCCCCAUACUAGAUAUGUGAUCCCGAAAUCUGGGGACUUUUAUUUCUUUUUACAACUUCUAUAAUUUACUUAUGUGCAUGUGAUAGGCAAAACAUUUUGUGUUUGUUUUUUUGUUUGUUUGUUUUUUCACGAUUUGUUGCAUUGGUACGUCUUUUAAGUGUAAGUGGGGUAUGACACCUGUACUAAAGGCUCACAAUAGACACGUUUCUUUAUGCAAAUAUACAGGGUUAUUCUUUAAAUGAAGAAUUGCUGGGAAUACAAAGUUUAUACAAAAUUGUAGACCAAUAUAAUCGAACUCAAAACAUAGCUGAUAUAGAGAAUCUUUUCAGUUCUAUUUUGGCCUUAAAAUUAAUCUUAACUUUGUAUUUCCCUACCCCAAUAAAGGAGGCGAUAAUGGACUUGCAUGUAGCAAAAUGGCUUGGGUCAUGCUUUAUGCCAGCUUAUGUUGUCCAUAUUUAUAAUCCGCAAAUCUAGAGAGAGCCCAUUUAUCGCUAAUUGGGUUGGAUGUUCUAGAUAGGGAUUGAGUGGCUAGCAAUUUAUGUGAAAUCCAAUCUUCUCCCUAUUCAUUGUUUUCUUUGAUUAUUUUAAAUGAUACACUUUGUACUUUUUAUCUUCCCAAUAUUGAAGGUGUAAAUAUUUUAACCACCAUAACUAAAUUAUGACAUUUAUGGCUACAAUAACACAAGCAUUUUCUCUAACACGUUUUCUUUACCCAUCAGCUUCUUUGUCACCAGAGAGAGCAGAGGAUUCGGAUGCUUUGACUGCUGUUAGCAGCCAGCUGGAGGGCUCCCCAAUGGACACUAGUAGCCUCGCCUCAGGGCCCCUUGAGGAAGGGGUUGGGGAAGCAUCUGGUGUUGUAAAUCCAGAGCAGUCACUUGUGAGCAGUAGUAUUGCUGUUGGCCAGCAGCCAGUGGAACCACCACUUUCAAGUGGCAGUCAAGUAGUAGUCUCUCAACACAGUAAUGACAGGUAUGCUAUAAAGAGUUAAUUAGACAAAGCAAUUCACUUAUGAUACAGUCUCGACGGUUGCCAUGUACAAGUAGGUGAUUUCUGUUAAAAUUAUGCAGUUGCUAGUUCCAUUGGAAGAGCAAGAUAAACCUCCAGAGUCCAAAUAGCCAUGUCUGCUAAAGCCUUGCUGCUUUUUUUUGCAGUAGAAAACACAGCCCGUCUGUUUUCUGUGAAUUGGUUUAGACCAGAAGAGCUUUAUCCAACCACAGUAGAGCAUAUAGUUAACUGGAUAUCUCCUGCCCAGCUACAGCAAUUCCUGUGACAUUUCUUGUAAUGGUUCUUUAUCUCAAACUACAAACGUUCUCCUUAUUGCAACCUUCUUUUUAGAUUUCUUUUGCCAGCCUAACUACACAUACAUUUACUUUCUUCAAAAUCGUAGUGUUGUCAUAUUUGGAAAUUGCCAGAGUCCAACUAUUGCUGCAUCCACUGCACAACAGAAUACUGACGACUUUAAAGCUUUUUAAAGUUAUGAAGUGAGGUGUAUAUUGAAAAUGUUCGAUCAGUAUUGCUGGAGAUCACCACAUAACUGAUAUUGCAAUCCAAACAUUUUUUUCAACAUUUAUUUUUCUUCUAGCUCUCCAUCAGCUUCUUCUUCUGAAUUGCCUUCUGCAAGAGAUUCUACUGUAGCUUUGUUGGCAACAGACUCGAGUGGCAUUCUUGAGGAACCCCUGCCCUCCACAAGUAGUGAAGAAGAAGAUCCAUUAGCAGGUGAUUAUAUUACAUAGUUCUUCAGCAUUUGCCUGGUUAUAUAACUGUCAGCAGCACAACAUUUAAAUAGUUAAAUAAUCUGAUGCAAAUAAUUAUUAUGCUUGUUUCUAUGCCUAUUACAAGAAGCAAUCUGUAAAAUGCAUUUUCAGAGAAUUGGUUUGCUAGUCUCUCAGUGAUUCUUUCUACGCAGCAUGUUGCAGUCCUACAUGCAUUUUUCUUUCAGGUAUAAAUCUUCCAGAAGGAGUAGACCCAUCCUUCCUUGCAGCUCUUCCAGAAGAUAUCCGGAGAGAGGUGCUUCAGAACCAAUUGGGCAUCAGGCCGCCUGUGAGGCCUCCACCCACUGCAGCUCCAGUGAUUCCACCACCUGUUUUGGGUAGUGCUGGAGUAACUGAAGUCAGUCCAGAGUUCUUGGCAGCAUUACCACCAGCUAUACAGGAAGAGGUACAAUUAAGUGAAUUUGGUAUAUGCUUAAAGGGGAGAAGAAAAUAUUUUUUACCUGGCAAUAAUCUUCCAUAAAGUAUCUCAUGGCUGAUUGUGCAUCUUCUCCCAGCGAGUUAAUGGCAAAAUAAAGUUAACAUUUUUAAGGCAGUUCAGAAACACUUGGAGCUUUCUAUUAACAUUUGGCAAGUGCUUUCUUGUGGUAUCUUAAAUUGUUUAGCAUUUUUAUAGAAUUUGUAGUCUAACUGAAAUCUAGUCUCCUGUAUAAUCUCAUUAGACACAGGUAAUGUCAUUCACUAAACCUGGAAUAGCUCAUUGACUUAAACCUUUUAGGGCAAUGUAGUGGAAUUGGAAAAAUCCUUAGUGCGGCUGUUUGAUCUUGCAUGGAUGGCAGGCGAUAUUAGAAUAAAUAAAAUGGAACCACACAAACCGUUUUUUUUACUUUUCAGUGGGCUUGGCCUUGGUAUUUAUUCAAAGCUUUAAGGGGUUUACAACCAUAAUUUCUUAACCAUAUAACAAACUUUAACUUUUCAAAACUUUUAACUUUAUUAAAAGCCAGUCAGUCUUAGUUGACCUGAUCGCCUUUUCUUUAAAGCCUUUUACCACCAUGUCCUUCCUCAGAACUUUACCCUGAGGGUGACUUUUGCCCUAGUGCUUCUUAACCCCACGACCCAACAAUUAAAUAAAAUUAAUCAUCCGUGUUACCAAUUCUGCCCAGAUACCUGACUGACCAAUUACCACAAAAUUUAAAACUUCCCCACAGUCCAAUCCCAGACAAGGAUGAUUAACUCCUUCAUUGCCACCAUACAUAUAUGCCACUGUGCUUAAUGCCUGUGGCUUUUACAUAAAGCUAGGGAUAAAUUGAAAUUUUAGCUACUUCAGACCAUGUAGGUUUAGUAAUGACUUGCAAACAAAAAGCUUUCAGUGGUACAUUUAAAUACAUUUAUUAUGAUUGUGAAAAUUGGGGCUUUUUGUUUUACAUUUUGUCUGCAGUUUGGUAAAGAAGGCUUAAUAAAUCAACUACCCCUUUUUUUAUUUUUUAUUUUAUUUCAUGGUAUUUAUCAGGUGCUGGCCCAACAGAGAGCAGAGCAGCAAAGACGUGAACUCGCACAGAACACCACAUCUGACACCCCUAUGGAUCCUGUGACUUUUAUCCAGACCUUGCCAUCUGACCUUCGCCGUAGUGUGCUUGAGGAUAUGGAGGAUAGUGUUCUAGCAGUAAUGCCACCUGACAUUGCUGCGGAGGCACAGGCCCUGCGCAGAGAACAAGAAGCACGACAAAGGCAGCUUAUGCAUGAACGGCUGUUUGGUCACAGUAGCACCUCUGCACUUUCUGCUAUUCUCAGGAGCCCAGGUAGCUGCUGCACUUUGUAUGGUACUGUAGAACAAAGGCAAAUUAAGUCACACAUCCUUUAUAAAGGUACACUAUUGGCAUUCAGUUCACCCCUCAUCUCAUUGAAGUUGUCUGCAGUGUCCCUUACUCACUUAGUCCUACAAUGUAAAACAUUACCAUUUUUGAGAAAAUGUAUGUAAUUACAUUGCAGAACUAAGACAGCCUCUAGAAGGUCAUCCAGCAUCUGUGAAAUCCCCACAGGAAAACACUGAUCCAUUGCUUUCCUAUGGGCAGGGCCUAAUGCGCUUGGUGCAAUCGGCGUGCAUGUGCAUAAGGUCCCUCUGUGGAGGAGCAGGCGGUGGAGCACCAAGGGACAUUGUUGCUGGGAUCGGUUAAAUCUAUAAGGUGGGGGGAGGGGAGAUUUGUAUUCCGAACGCUAUAGAAUCCCUUUACUACAACGGUGCAUUAAUUCCUCCAAGCACUGUAAAAUUUAAAUUGUACACACAACCGCUAUAUACCAUGUGCAGUAGGAGCAAUGUGUGUUUUAUUUGCACUUUUAUGUAACUUAUCCCUGAUAGUUUAGACUUUUUUGCCAAAUGAAUCGUGCAAUUGAGGAGUGCAGUUGAUCUUUCUCCAAAUUAUUUGAUAUUGCAAUCAUUUAUGGAAACAGAGUUCGGGAAUCCCCUAGUAUCUUUGUGUAUUUACAUCUGUGAAUUUGUGUUGUCUGUCUUAAAUCUAGUGCAGAAUAGUUCGUGCUGCAACAUUUUUCCAUUAUCAAUUUUUUUUCUUUUUCCUUCUUUGAAGCUUUCACAAGCCGGUUGAGUGGGAAUAGAGGUGUCCAGUACACACGUCUGGCUGUGCAGAGAGGAAGCACCUUUCAAAUGAGUGGGAGCAGUACACAUACCAGGUAUAUUUUAUUCAAGUAAUUGUGUAUACUUCGCAUGAUCAGUCACAAACGCUCCAAACUUUAUUUUCCAGUUGCCAAUUUCCCGAAAUACUUCAUUUGAAGGUUUUUUUUUUUUUAGUUAGUAUUUUGAAUUAUGUUCCUGGUUACCCCAACAGUUUUACCACAUGUCAACUGGUCCACUAUAGAGCCAAUCACCGUCUCUGAUCACGCAGCUUUCACACUACUUCUCUCCACACAGCACUCACACCCCCAUUACCGCACACUGGCGUUUCCCAGCGUAUCUUACUGAAAACCCAUCUUUCAGUGCCACUUACAGACUAGUUGGGCUAACUUUGUAGAUGAUCUUGGAGAGUGAAAUUCACAUAGCAAUAAAGACCCUCUGAACAGAGAAAGUACCAGGUCCCGACUGCUUUACCUCAGAGUACUAUAAACAGGGCCGGACUGGGGAUACGAAGCAGCCCUGGAAAAAAAUCUAUGCCAGCCCCAUAAUUCAGUGUGCUAUGUAAAAUAAAUAUAUAUAUACAUAUAUACACAUACAUACAUACAUACAUACACAAUUGAAAUAGUUGGCUGCACUCUCGGAUUUCCUUAAAAUGUAACUUUUAUUGAAAUAUUUAAGAGAAGAUCACUGUUUCAGUCCCUCUUGUGGACUUUCGUCAUGAUCCUGAUGCAAGUCCACAAGAGGGACUGAAACGUUGAUCUUCUCUUAAAUAUUUCAAUAAAAGUUACAUUUUAAGGAAAUCCAAGCGUGCAGCCAACUAUUUCAAUUGUGUGUGUGUAUAUAUAUAUAUAUAUAUAUAUAUAUAUAUAUAUAUAUAUAUAUAUAUAUAUAUAUAUAUAUAUAUAUAUAUAUAUAUAUAUACACACACAUAUACAUACAUACUGGAGCCCUGGUGAUGCAACAGUAAAAAUAUAUAUAUAUAAUAUAUAUUUUAUUGAUACAUUUCUUCUUCAAAAUAUUAGUUCUUUUAGGGUAAUUAAAUUAUAUAGUAACGCAUACUCACACACAGACAAUCUUACUGAUGCACACAAAUAGGCUCAUUGACAGACAAUCUCAAUGACACACACAGACAAGGUUACUGGCACACACACAAAUUUAGUAGACAAACUCUGAUACACACAAGCUUACUACAGACAAGCUGUCACACACACGCUCACUACAGACACGCUCACUGAUGCGCACACACUCUCCCUACAGACAAGCCCAUUGACACACACAUGCUCCCUACAGAAGAGCUCAUUAACACACACACACACAUAUUAUCCCUACAGACAAGCUCACUCACUAGCAGGCACACACACACAAACUUACUAGCAGGCACACACACACAGAGGCUCCCUCACUAGCAGAUGCGCAUGCACACACACACACACACACACACACACACACACACACACACAGAGGCAGACAGUCACUGACAACGAGGAAAACAUCCACACAUACAAAGACAGGCAGACAGCCACACGCAGGCAGACAGCCGCACGCAGGCAGCGAACAGCCGACGCAGGCAGACAGCCGCAUCGAGGCAGACAGCCGCGACGCGGGCAGACAGCCGCGACGCAGAGGCAGACAGCCGCGACGCUUAGGCAGACACAGCCGCACGCAGGCAGACACGCGACGCAGGCAGAUUAAAGUCGCGACGCGAAGUCAGUCAGACGCAGGCAGUCAGUCAGACGCAGGCAGUCAGUCAGACGCAGUGCCGUCAGACGCAGGCAGCCAGUCAGACGCAGGCAGUCAGUCAGAUGAGGCAGUCAGUCAGACGCAGGCAGUCAGUCAGACGCGAAAGUGUCAGUCAGACGCGCAGGCAGUCAGUCAGACAGGCAGCUCGUCAGACGAGGCAGUCAGUCAGACGCAGGCGUCAGUCAGACGCAGGCAGUCAGUCAGACGCAGGCAGUCAGUCAGGACGCGAGGCAGUCAGUCAGACGCAGGCAGUCAGUCAGACGCAGGGGCAGUCGUCGACGAGGCAGUCAGCCGACGCAGGCAGUCAGUCAGACGCGCAGGCAGUCAGUCAGGACGAGGUAGUCGUCAGACGCAGGCAGUCAGUCAGACGCAGGCAGUCAGUCAGACGCAGGCAGCCGUCAGACGCAGGCAGUCAGUCGACGCAGGCAGUCAGUCAGACGCAGGCAGCCGUCAGACGCAGGCAGUCAGUCAGACGCAGGCAGUCGUCAGACGCAGGCAGUCAGACGCAGGCAGUCAGUCAGACGCGCAGGCAGUCAGUCAGACGCGAGGCAGUCAGUCAGGACGCGCAGGCAGUCAGUCAGACGCAGGUGUCAGUCAGACGUGAGGCAGUCAGUCAGACGCAGGCAGUCAGUCAGACUAUAGUGUGUCACAGAAGUCAGACGCAGGCAGUCACAGGAAGCCGAGAGGCAGUCAGCAGGAAGUUUUACCAGGCAGUCACAGGAAGUCAGACGCAGGCAGUCACAGGAAGUCAGACGCAGGCAGUCACAGGAAGUCAGACGCAGGCAGUCACAGGAAGUCAGACGCAGGCAGUCACAGGAAGUCAGACGCAGGCAGUCACAGGAAGUCAGACGCAGGCAGUCACAGGAAGUCACACACUCACACUGGCCUCCCCUCCCCCUAAUACACUGCUGACCCCCCUCCUUCCCCUCCCCAAUACAUUACUGACCCCCCCCAAUACAUUGACCCCCCCCCUCCCCAAUACAUUACUGACCCUCCCCUCCUCUCCCCAAUACAAUAGAUCCCCCCAAGCCCCUUUAUUCUUACCUUUCCAACAGUUCAUGUUGCAGGAGGGAAGAGAGGCCGCGAUCUAAUCGGAGUAGGUACGGCCGCCGCGCAGCCGCCGGAUAUGACGUCCUGUCGUCAUUUGCCGCUCACAUCCGGCGGCUGACGGGAAGCAUCUGUGCGCUCGCACAGGAAGCAGCCGCGGCCGGCGCGGCGCGGAUGUGGCUGCGCCGGCCGCAUAGGCAAACAGAAUUUUUUUUUUCUGUUCUUGUGGCUGAGGUCAGCCACAUGUCAAAGCGGCCCCAGGGCUGGCGGCCUACCGGGAAAUUUCCCGGUAUCCCGGUAGGCCAGUCCGGCCCUGACUAUAAAUCCCAUAAACAGCUUAGUCCCACUCUCAAAAACUUGUUCAAUAAAAUAUAUUUAGAAUGCCUGUCAAUAGAUGAACUUAAUCGAGCCAGAAUAAUACCCAAACCCGACAGGGAUGCUGAGAAUUUGGCGUCCUAUCGCCCAAUAUCACUACUUAAUCAGGACGUCAAACUCCUUACCAAAAUCAUUGCUCUGAGAAUACAAUCGUUUCUGCCACAGACACUCGCCUCUCACCAACUGGACUUUGUGCGGGGCAGGCAGGGAGUGACAGGGGUCCACAGAGCUCUUGCGGCUGUGGCUUAUGCCACACGUGGGAAACUGGACUCAUACUCCCCAUCCCUUAUUAGCCUUGACAUAGAGAAGGCUUUUGAUAGCAUAUCCUGGCAGAACCUGAUUAGGGUGCUAAAGUUGAGAUACUUCGGUCACACAUUCAAAAGUUACACCAUCACUCCACCACCUGGAUUAACACAAAUGGCCUGGACUCGCCAUACUUUGCCUUGGGGAGGUUUGUGCGCCAGGGUUGCCCGCUCUCGCCUCUGCUGUUUAAUCUUGCCAUUGACCCGUUACUGAGAGCUAUUGAGAAGCUACAGGGGUUUAGGGACAUACCGAUGGGUGACGUUACACUGAAAGUCACAGCAUUUGCUGAUGAUCUGUUACUUUUUAUCACUGACCUAUGACGCUCCCUGCCACCCCUUGUUGACUUGCUUGAGACAUUUCACAACAUUGCGGGCCUAAGGGUCAAUUGGGCCAAAUCAUGUGCCCUUCACUUGAGUGGACACCCUCCGCCAUCACUCCCUCGGAUUUCCUCUGCGGUGGCAGUCGAGGGCGCUUAAAUAUCUUGACAUUAAGGUCCCUAGAGAACUCUCCCUCAUAUAUAAAUUAAAUAUUCAGCCAAUCUUAACAGCCAUCUUUGCAGAGUUUGAACACUGGCACAAGUUGCCUUUAUCUUACAUUGGAAGGGCCAAUCUAUACAGAUUGGUCAGUUUUCUUAAACUAUUAUAUCCCCUCCAGAUGCUCCCAAACUUCUCUCGAAAAGUGACGAUUGUUUGUUCAACAAACAUCUUAGACAAUUUCUCUGGCAUGGGAGAAGGGCACGCCUUACUAAAUUAUACCAACACAGGGCUGAUGGUCUAAAGCUGCCUAAUGCUGGGGAAAACAGUUUGGCAGCACAGCUUAGACAUGCGCUAGACUGGAUUCAAUCUCAAAACAGAUUUUCUAACUUGUCAUUGAAGUCCUAUCUGGCAUCACUGAACCCACUUGUGGCUCUCCUUCACAGGCCACACCACCUACUCCCUGACUAUAUCCUAUCUAAUCCCCUCCUGGUUAGCCUUAUUAGGGCAUGGAAACAGUCUCGCUCCAAACUGGGUGUUGACCCAAUACAUACUAUUUAGCUCACAACCCAGGCCUUUCCACAGGCACUCACCACCCUUUCACGGUGUGGGCGGAGAGUGGGAUUGCCACCCUCCGGCCUUUUGUAGAUCAUGUCGGCCAGAGGUUUCUCUCCCUUGCUGAGAUACGGGAGUGUUUUGCAGGCCUUCCUCUUCCAUGUUUUGCUUACCUUCAAACACGACACUACUAUAACACCAUUACGCAACACUUCCCGCCUGCUGACUGGGAGAACGCUCUAGACACACUAUUGUGCUUUUCUGACUCCACUGCCUAUUCCAUUUCCAAACUCUAUAAGACACUGCGAUAUAUCCCGGACUGGAGCACCUUACAAACAGGCAUAGGGAAGUGGAAGACACGUUUUCCGAACAUAAGCCCGGGAGACAUGCUCACUGCACACUUUACCCAUAGCCAGACUCUACCAAUGGUGUCUUAUAGAGACAUGUUCCUUAGAACUCUACUUUACGCUUAUUACUCCCCUCACUGACUCCAUCUCAUGGCCAAUAGGGAGACUGCGACUUGUUUCAAAUGCACACACACCAAGGCUGACGUGUAUCACUGUGGGAGUUCGCUCUAAUCCAAUCUUUCUGGACCGAGCUAAACGGUUACUUAGAGGGACAUGCCUAUCUUACCGCUUACCCCUGAAUUUUUGCUUUUGGGACCCUUACUAGGUCUCCCACUGCCUAACAAACGAUUCCUCCUUAUCGUAGCAGCGGUGGGACACAAAACCAUCCUGCAGGUCUGACAGCGGAGGCAAGCAGACGCAAGACUCAGGAGCUCCGAGGAAAAAAACGGAGAAAAUAAACUUAACGGCUGAUACGACCCCCAAUAACCACUGACUAAAAGCGGGAACCCCUUAAGCCCUAAUGGGACGCAAACACAAGAAACUGUUGCCGGACAAACAAGCCCCAGGACUCACAAUAGGGGAUAUGUGGCGACAAGCACGCGGCCUGAGCGGAUCCAAUAUGGCGGCGCUCCAUGGAGGCUGCUCGGAUUUCUCCGACGACUGCUCAGAGGGAGCUGAAGAUGAAUGCCUCCUAGCCCCAGACCCAAUGCCGAGGGCAAAACCCAACAAACUUAGGAAGGACACAGACGCCGAACUGGUAACAACCGGGGUGUUAAAGACCCUGCUAGCAGACCUACAAAAGAACAUCCUCGCGGAUGUCACCGCACUAAGGGGAGAGCUGAAGGGCCUGACAGGCCGCAUUACUGUACUAGAUGAAUCAUCCCAAGAACAGCAGCACACUAUCGCCUCACUGCAAAGCGACAUACGGGACCUGCGCAACCAAACUAUGCUGUAUGAACGGCGCUUCACAGCCCAAGAAGACUCAAAACGGAGACUUAACAUAAAGGUCAGGGGAAUCCCAGAGGGGUUGCCGGAGGCUGACCUACCGCACACGAUCAAACGCCUGCUUGCCACCAUACUACCCACAGACCAAGCCAGGGCUGUCAUGCCCACGGAUCUCUUCCGGAUUCCAAAGCCCGCUGGGGCCCCAGACGUGGCCACAAGGGACACUAUACUUACAUUUAAAAACAGGACUGACAAAUCGACGGUCCUCACAGCCAUCCGGGGUAAAGCCCCCAUACAAUUUGAAAACGCUAAACUAACCUUUUACGCCGACCAGUCCAGUGGCACUCUGGCGUGGCGCAGGUCACUGCGGCCUCUCACCUCACACUCGAGCGCAACAACAUACCGUAUCGCUGGCGGUCCUCACACUUGCUCCGGGUACAACAGGGCGAAACAACACACCAAAUUUACAGCAUGCAAGACGCAGAGGCCCUUCUGCACACCCUAGAUCUAUCACUGGAUUCACCCCCACAAGCGGGACCUUGUGCCCCCGCCACCCCGACUCACAGCUGGGACCCAGAAAACAGUGCCCCAUUCAGACCGCGGAGCACCACGCCGGUCACCUACGCCUCAGUGACCACAUAAAUCUUCAGCAUCCACCUACUUUCAGCCUCCCACCCCUGGGCAUCGGCUGAUCUGCUCAAUGCCUGGACUGCACCCACGCACUACAGACACACAGAGAGGCGCAGUCCAAGUGGAAAAGUCUCCCUGGGAGGCCUGACGAAGACCGAAGCAAAAUCCCACUUCCUGUAGGCAUCUGAAGAAUGGAUACAGAACUUUUUUUUUUUUACUUCAUAGAUCUACCGGUUGCCAUACAACGCUGGUCUGCUUGCAUUUCUGUUGACUCUGGCAGUUAUGUACCUGCAGCCUACAAGCUCUUGGCAUCAGCUACGCAGCUCUCAAGGACGCUCAGAACACGCAUACAAUGCUUGCGGUACCCAUAUGUUGAAACGACUAGCAACCCAGUGGUUGUUAUUGUUCUUGUUUUUUGUUACUUUUUCUGGGUUCUACGGCGAGUACCUCAAUUUCACCAUUGAGCCAUGCUAUAAUUUGUUUAUACACGCUAGGGUUUGGAACGCAAAGCGUCUGAAUAUUGCACAGACAUGUUGGCUUAGCCUGUGAUCACUGGUUCAUCUCUUAUAUAUCAUGGUUACUUAAAGUUACUUAAAGUUAACUCCUGAGUAACUAUUAAUGUACAAUUGUGCAAGUACCCUGUUUAGAUCCAUCAUAGGCUCUGCUGGCCUGUAGCCGGGCAGUGGGACAUGACUAGCCAUCUUAUAUCAAUAUUGACCGCUUGCAAUGUCUGACCACAAACAGUAAUAGGAACUCAAGCUCAAUUGUUUCAAGCAGCAUGUAUAGCCAGAUUGUUACUCUCAUUUUACUAAGCCUGUCCAAGCUUACCUUUAAAUUUAUCUUUGCGCUAUAUUCUAAUGACAAAACGGGUUAGCCAUGCUGAUGAUUGGUAUAACUAUAGGUAUAACACUGUGCAAUUCCUCGUGCCACUGCUCAAUUUACGUACAAACUCAAUGCUGUUUAUAAACUAAAAUUGUGCUCAAGGAAAGAGAAAGAAAAGGAAAGAAGGGAAGGGGGGGAAAAAAAGGGAGUCCACUGCCAGAACUCCUAAAAUGCUUAGACCAUAACCAAACAGUACCAUGCAGCCGUAAGAUGUAUAUACUCCUAUCUUGCUUAAAUUGCCAUCCUCAGGUCUACGUCCAAAUUUAGCUACUUCCCUUCACUAGUUACUCCAGACUUAUAUUGUCUAGCCUGUUUAGCCUGCGGGAUAUAUAUAAUUCAACAAUGUGCCACUAUUUUACUCCACUACAUUACUUUGCUAACUCAUGUUUUUCCUCCAAAAGUGUUGAGGCUUAAUCGUUCUUACUAAUUUACCUAGCACGAUUCGUCACGAAGACACUCUCUGCCCAGACAAACAAGUGUUAUGUUUAACUAGUUACCAUACUUUAAAUAUUAAAUUUCGUGCUGUUCUCUCAAAUGAUGCAAAGUAUUGUCUCUAACAGUCCUCAAUGUCAACCUACAUGUAUCAUUGAAUGUACUGCAAAUCCUCACAUCUGCUGUUGUGGCAAUGCAGGAUGUAUUGUAAUCUCAUGCACGUUCAAAAAUAAAGAAUAAAAAAAAUAAAACGAAAAAAAUGGAUUGGUUGGACACCCUAACAAAAAACUCCUCGUCUAAAAAUUUCUCUUGACCUGAAGAUCAUAAAUAUUCACCCUAGACUAAUCUUUCAAGACCAAGGUGAAAACCACUUUGGCAUACACUGCAUGGGCAGUUGAGGUGAUGACGGGUCGAGAUCCCCUGGCAGUAAUUCCUUGAUGGGCUUAUCUCCACUUAUCCCAGAACACCGGCCUAACACUGUGUUGGAGGGCGGGAGGCUAAGGCAAACCGGCAAUUAGUUUAAUAUGUUUAUCUAAUUUGGUAUUUUAAUUCAUGCUUUAAUAGCAGAGCACUUGAACCGCAGACCUUCUUUGGUGUAUGUUCUCCUGCUCUUAGCUGUUAAACAGCAAAAUUAUUGUAUGUUUCCUUGCCCUGAGCAACAACAGCUCAUAGUCCCUGAUCCACGCAAGUGGUAUCUCGGGAGAAUUGGCAGUGGCUGAGCCUGCUGGACACCCACAUCUAAAGGUAACUGUCAAAGCUCAACCUCUUAUUAACAAUGACCUAUUUGGUUUUGUAACUCUUAUUUGUUUUUUUCUGUUUUAUUUAUGUUGAGAACCACAAAAUAGUGAAUGUAACUGACCGAAUAACCGCUUAAAAGCAUAAAUGUCACUCGUGCUAUAUUCUUGUAGCAUGCAUUCAUGGUUUUGAUAAUUGUUGAUAUUUACAUUCUUAAGACUUUCUUGAUUGGUGAUGGUACUUUGAAGCCUGAGAGCUACUUUAACCUCUGUCAAUUAAGUAGACUAAUUUUUCCCCCCUCUCUCUCUUUCAGCAGGCCAGCAGGAAGCAAUGUGGACAGCCUGUUGCGACUCAGAGGACGCUUGUUACUUGAUCAUGAGGCACUCUCCUGUCUUCUUGUGCUGCUGUUUGUGGAUGAACCCAAGCUUAACACCAGUCGCUUGCAUCGUGUUCUGAGGAACCUCUGUUACCAUGCACAAACCCGCAACUGGGUAAUUAGGAGCUUACUGUCCAUUCUGCAACGCAGCAGUGAAAGUGAGCUUUGUAUAGAAAGCCCAAAGACUCCUAUAGGAGGACCAGAUAAAAGAGCCAAGGCUUGCUCUUCCAGCCAUGACAACCGUCCCUUAGAAUUGAUUCCAUCCUGUGCAGCUAAGAACUCAAACCAGCUCUCCUGGCUCUCUGUGUCAAUGGACGCUGCUCUUGGUUGCCGUACCAACAUCUUCCAAAUCCAGAGGACUCUAGGGCGCAAGCACACUGAAAAGCAUGCAGCCUGUGGAUCCACUGUUCACAUACACCCACAAGCAGCUCCUGUGGUUUGCAGGCAUGUGUUGGACACACUGAUACAGUUGGCAAAGGUGAGACAUCUGUUUUUCAACAAGGUUACCCAUAAUGUGUAAUAUUAUAAGUGAUGCUUCUGUUUGUUUAUCCAGAUAGUGAAAUAUGACCUGUGGAUUUUUACUGCAUUUGUACUAUUGUAGAUUUUGUCCAUACAUCCAUGCACACAUACAGAUAUAGAUAUAGAUAUAGAUAUAGAUAUAGAUAGAUAGAUAUAUAUAUAUACACACACACACUUACCACUACAGGUUAUUUUAUUAUUUUAAUUAAGGAACACUCAGGUCACCAUAACUUCAUCUAGAUACCUAUUAUGUUUUUAUUUUGAAUGGGAAGCUACUGAUCUGUGUCUCAGAUGGACACUCUAGCCAAUCGGCAACACUUCUGCCUGGGGCAAGCCACACUUCCUGAAACUCCGUUUCAGAAGCUGCAGGGGGAACUGCAAAUCCAGCCCUAGAGGCAGCCUUUGGGGUUAUAAAACGACUUGAGAAUAGUUUAACCCCUUAGGUAACCAUUUACUACCAUAUCCUUCAUCAGAACUUGACCCUGACAAUGACUUUUGCUCCAGUGCUUUAGAACACCACAGCAAUAAUUCUAAAUACAUCAAUAAAAGGGAGAGGGAGGGCAUGCUGGGCUCCAUUUGCGCGGCUCCUGUCUUGGAAAACAGCUGACGGGGUUGCACUUGCGUUGCCGCAUUUCUUACCUUGCUUCCUGUGCGUCUCUGGCUCGCGGCCUGCAUCCAGUCCUCGGCCAGCUGCAACAGAUGUGCCCUCACUUCUGCCCAGCUACUUUUCUCACUCUGCCCAACUACUUAACAUGGUGUCAUAAACUUCACUUGACUUUUCUUAACUAUACACAAAGACAGCAUAACCCUUUGCCACCAUACAUAUAUGCCACAGUGCUUAAUAACUGUGGCAUUUAUUUUAAGAGUAGCCUUUGCAUGCAGCAAUAUUACAUUUAUCUACACAUCAGAUGCAAUGCCUAUUGACUUUUCUAUGGAAAAUGUUUUGUUUUCUUUAUUAAAUAAUUUUACUUUUGUUCAUCCUUCCAAGGAGAUUACACGAUUUAAAUGGUCAUUCUGCUGAAAGCUCAAGUUGCUUUCACUCGUUAUUUGUUUUUGUCUGCGGACAUUACACUUGUGCUUGCAGGAUCCAGCCUGUACACAGUUUGCUUGUUGGACAUUUAUGGAAAAAUAUAUUCUUUGGUCAAUGACUCCUCUCUUUUCCACAGGUAUUCCCCAGUCAUUUCACACAGCAGCGGACCAAAGAGUGCAGUGUAGAAACCAGCGAGAGCAGGGAGAGGAGUAUAAAACUGACUUGCAGCCCGUGCCUUGCACCGUCGAGCAGCACCGGGGCAGGCAACAUUUCCACAGACUUCUGGGACUUGCUAGUUAAACUGGACAACAUGAAUGUUAGCCGGAAAGGAAAAACCUCUGUCAAGUCUAUCCCAGUGAGCUCUGGGGCUGAGGGUGAGUCCUCGCAGUGCAGUCUGGAGGCUUCACCUCUGGGUCAGCUCAUGAAUAUGUUGUCGCAUCCUGUCAUCCGGCGGAGUUCACUACUUACUGAGAAGCUGCUACGUCUUCUUUCUCUCAUUUCCAUUGCCCUUCCUGAUAACAAAGCUCAAGAAUCAUUGGCCAUUGCGCCAAAUGCAAUUGCACCUGUUCCUGCACCCACCCCUGCAACAGCACCAGUACCUCUACCUGUACAGGCUGUAACCGUGCCAACUGCCAUCACUACAAAUGUAGUGUCAAGUAAGUACCAUGCAAAUUAUGUCAAAUCAGGUAUACUUUGAUUUGAGAAUCCAAAAUAUCUCAAUCCAUUAGAUUUCAUUGUAGUAUACGUGGUGAAAUGGUGUCUCACUUUAAGUUUGCGUUCUUUCUCCUUUGCAGCGGUUACAAAAAGUGGCAAGUCUCCUGCAAAAUCCAGUGAAGGCAGCAGUCUACCUGAAAAGAUGGCUGCUUCAGGGCUUACUGAGAAACAGCUUCAACUUUCUGUUGAGGUAAGCACUUUGAUAUUCUGGGAUUUAAAACACAUUAGAUGUGCUCAUUUCCAUGAAUCCUGGACUGCAAUGUGGAAUUAAACCAUUGGUUACCUGCAGGCUACUUCAAACCAGUUUGUUUUACUAGCACUGCACGCACAUAGUGUAUAAUUUUCUUGUUUCUAUAAUGUUUAUCAUGUUAAUACCAUGCUAAUUUGUGUAUUUAUAAGCUUGUCAACCUGACUUGUUUAAAGCACAAAGUCAGACAUUUUGUAAAUUGCCUAAUAAAGGUUUAUAAGUCUUGCUUCCACCUUCAUCUGACAUAUGACUGCAUUAGGGCUAUUGGUGCUGUGGAAUGCCUUACUUAUCAUGCUUUCGUCUACAACUGGUUUUUAAAGGAUUACUACAGUCUCCCAGACCAAUUCAUCUUAAUGAAGUGCACUGGGUGCAAUUAUUCUGUAAUUUUAUCCCCACGAUGAAAAAUAUUGCAAUUUAGUAGAAACUUCAAUGUUUACGGUGUAGGGUUAAACAUGCCUCUAGUUCAGGAUUAGGCAGUCUUUGGCACACCAAAUGUUGUGGACUACGUCUCCCUUGAUGCUUUGCCAGCAUGAUGGUAGAUGUAGUCCUGAAAUGCUAAAGGGUGCCUACGCCUGACAAUCACUAGGGGCACUUCCCCCUCCAGAACAGAGUGAAACUCUAUCCUGGAAUCUAAUGCUGAUCAUAGCAUAACAUUUAAUUGGAGGAGCACAGUGUUUGGCCGUGCAUGCCUAGUUCCAAUUCAUUGCUUCUCUGUGAAGUCACUGGUGAUGUCUGCUUGGAUACUGGCAUCACCAGAGGUGGAGCUGGAGGCUGCAGUGGACGAAAUCAACGGGUGAGGUGGAAUGCAGAUAAUCUAAGGUUGCUAAAAUAAUUAUUUUCAGGACUAUAGGUACACAUUAAUCAGUGGGCCAUAUCAACCUUUGUGUGCCACAAUUAAAGGGUCAGUAUUCAAUGUUGCCAAUUGAAUAUUCCAUUAUAAUAGUGUAGAAAAUAGCAGCAUCAAAGUAGCUGUGCUCCAAGCCCUGGAAAUAACCCCAACUCCUCACCAAUACUGUAUACGUAAGAAAGGAUGAGGACUGGGUUCUCAGCAUUUCAAAUUGUGCCAGUCUCUUUAAUGGAGAGUAUCAAGCCACAGAGGGACCAUGUGAUUAACGCACUGUUUUGCCAUGCAUGUGCAUUAGCCUUAUAAUGCUUUCUUGUUGGAAAGACUUAAAUUACCUGUUAUCGAUCUCUAUGAUCUCAGCCGUGGAGGUUCCUUGCAGGGACUGGCUCUGCGAGGGAGAAGGGGUAAGAAAAAUCUUUUUCUUUUUUCUUUUCUUUUUUUUUUUUAUUAUUUACAUUUAUAUCUUCCUCCUCCCUACAGGUGGGAGCCGUUAACGUAAACUGCCACAAGAAUACACAUUCGUAUUCCUAAUGCAGUAUUGUUCCUUUAAGAGCUGGCCUGUGGCCUUUCAAUAUGUCAUACCUACAGUUUUCCCGCUUGAAUUUGUAUAUUCUGUAUAGCACAUUUCACAAGCUUCUAUGUAAAGUAACAAGAUUAUCAUGCCUCUGCAACUAAGUUUUUUUUGCCUUGUGGGCCACAAGCUGAAUUUCCAUGUUUCCAUUGUAGGUUCUGACAUCCCACUCAUGUUCUGAGGAAGGGUUGGAGGAUGCAGCAAAUGUGUUAUUACAGCUGUCGCGGGGUGAUCCUAGCACAAGGGACACUGUGCUCAAACUGCUUCUUAGUGGAGCCCAUCACUUAGGAUACACACUGUGUAAACAGAUUGGUAAGGAAUGUUUGCCAUCACAGAAUAUAUACAGAAAGUAUGUCUCUUUUACCAAAUCCCAUCUUGUACCUAGAAGUAACUGAUCUCAUGCUGGCUUUAUUUUUCUAGGUACUCUUUUAGCAGAGCUACGGGAAUACAACUUGGAGCAGCAGAGACGUAUUCAGUGUGAGGCAAUUUCUCCAGAUGGAUUGCCAGAAGAGCAGCCUCAGAAUGCCAAGGCUAAGGGCAAAAUGCAGAGCAGGUGAGUGUUGUGGUCCUGGACCAUUUGGCCUGUUUGUAAGAAGUUGCUAAGUUUGUGGAUGAGGACAGUGGUCAAUCUAAAUUGUCAGGUCUCUCCCCACCCCAUCCCUACGGUCCAGGUUCGACAUUGCAGAGAACGUGGUGAUUGUGGCAUCCCAGAAACGCCCACUAGGAGGAAGGGAGCUGCAGUUGCCUUCCAUGUCCAUGCUGACUUCGAAGACUUCCACGCAGAAAUUCUUCCUGAGAGUACUGCAGGUCAUCAUCCAGCUAAGGGACGACACUCGCAGAGCCAACAAGAAAGCAAAGCAGACCAGCAGACUAGGUGGGAAAAUGGUAGUCUUGUAGCGAAGUAAGACCAUUAUCAUAAAACGAGAAAUAUUUUAUUGCAUGUUGAGGAUGCUGCUUCAAAUGGGUCAAUAAUAAAAGAGCCACAUUGAAUUAAUGCUCUUCAGCCUGGAAUAUCUGUGGCACUUUGUGAAUUCAAAAGCUUUUAGAGACUUUGCAAAGUUUGUAUUAUGGAUUUAGCCAGCACUCUGUGAGGGUAGAUGUUCUUUAGUUAUAUGAUGCAGGUAAUAUGUAACUUCAGACUCUUGAGAGGUUUUAUUCCAUUAAUGACUGGAAUAAGUUUCCAUAAAUCACCUGUAAAUAUAGUCCAGGAACAACUGUAGGGCAAGUGUUUGGGUUAUUUUAAUGUGCAAGUCAUUGCAUUAACGGUUUUUUUUUGGUUUGUUUUUUUGCAGGAGCUGCCAGUCUGGCCUCGGCUAGCAGCAUCCAGGCAGCUGUGCAGCAGCUGGAGGCUGAGGCUGAUGCCAUUAUACAAAUGGUACGUGAGGGUCAAAGGGCGCGGAGACAGCUGCAAACUGCAACGGUUAGCAUGAUGACUGACGCUGGCAGAACAUCCAUCCUUUAGUUUGUUCCUCCCUCUUAAUUUGAGCUGCUUUUCAUUUCCUAAUAUGCACCAACCUUUUCCCACCUGCUUGUUUUGUCCUUAUGAUUGUGUCAUGUACACCUGCUGGUCCUUCUAGACCAGCUUAUUCUUUUACUUCUCUCUGACUGCCUAAUGCAUGUGCCUUGAGACUUGGCAAAGCAAAGUUAGCACAUGGCUUUUUGCUAACCGAAUCAUGGCUUCUGGUUUUCUUCAGAGCAACAGCUUCUUUGCCUUUAUAGUUUACUUUUCACACCCCUCAUCUCUCCUAAACCUAUGUGGCAAGGCCUACUUUCUUUGCCACCUCACUGACCUGUUUUUGUCUUGUUCAGGCGGAAGGAUCUACUCGACGAGAAGAAUCUCCAAUGGAUGUUGACCAGCCAUCUCCUGUCACACAGGACACUCAGUCAGUUGGUUAGUGGACAUUAGAUUACUGAAAAUUUAUAUUUUCAUUACAAGCAGACCGGUUUGUAGAUUUUUUUUUUAUAUAACUGUUCAAAUGUGCUUUUUUUUCCAGCUUCUGAAGGAUCCCAGCCUGCUGAGAAGAAAGAGGAAGAGCGGUUGCCAGAACUGCCACUACUGAGUGAGCAGCUAAGUCUAGAUGAAUUGUGGGACAUGCUGGGAGAAUGUCUGAAAGAAUUGGAGGAGUCACAUGACCAGCAUGCUGUGUUAGGUAACCAAAUUACACUGUGUAGUUCCACCGAUCUUUUGCAGUUUUGUUUUUGGAAAUACAAUCUUCAAUAAUUAUAAUUUCUCCUUCUGCAGUUCUUCAGCCUGCAGUAGAAGCCUUUUUCCUGGUUCACGCAACAGAACGAGAAAGCAAGCCUCCAGUACGAGAUACAAGAGAGAGCCAGUUGUCUCAUAUCAAAGAUGAGCCCCCUCCUUUGUCCCCAGCGCCACUCACACCUGCUACGCCUUCUUCCUUGGAUCCCUUCUUUUCUCGGGAACCUUCAGCUAUGCACAUCUCAUCCAGCCUGCCUCCAGACACACAAAAGUUUCUUCGUUUUGCAGGUAUAAUGUUUUGCAUAUAUGUACUUGUUAUUUUAUAAUUUGGACAACUAGUGCUGGAAGUUGAAAUUAGUUGACGCAUCCCUGCUGAAUGCGAAGUUAAAUUGUAUUCACUGGUAUGAUACUGAUUCUGACACCUCUUCUUUUCUAGAAACACACCGCACUGUGUUAAACCAGAUUCUCCGGCAGUCCACCACUCAUUUAGCGGAUGGGCCCUUCGCUGUACUUGUGGAUUAUAUCAGAGUCCUCGACUUUGAUGUGAAGCGCAAGUAAGUAUGACAUCCUUUGUGAGUUCUACAUGUUGAUAAAUUCAAGGCCUUCCUUAGUGCACACAAGGGUCUAAUUUUAUUGUGCAAUAGACCAGCUUUCACAAAGCGCUGUAAAGUAGUAUUUAAUCUUAUUACCAAAAAUGCUACUUGACUGAUAACGAUUUUUGAAAGUUUUUGUUUAGUUUACUAUAUAAAAAGUUAAAUAUCAAUCUAAACGCUUCUGGCUUCAACAUCAUUUCAGACACUAGACAAGCAUGCGUUACAAUGUGAUUACAUUGAUAUUGCAAUAAAAUACUCACUGUGCUGUAGUUGGUAGCAUGAACUAUAUUCCGAAAGGAAGAGUGAAAAGGGGUAAAUAUCUUGAAGGAAACAUACCUACAAUAAAGAAACCACUGAAGUGGUUAAAGUAUUCAUACCCCUUCAUUUUCCCUUCAUUUUAUGUGCAGCCUCAUGUUUUAAUUGUUUAAAGUCAAUUUCUGUUUAUGUCAAGUCUGCACUCAAUGCCCCAUAAUGACAAUGCAAAUGUCAGGUUUUUGAAAACUUUGCAAAUUUAUUAAAAAAAAGACAUAUCACCUUGACAAAAAUAUUCAGACUCUUAACUGUAUCACUUUUGAGAUAUUGCUACACUUUGACGUCCACCUGUGGCAGUUGAUUGGACAUGAUUUUGAAACAUAGAAACCUAGAAUGUGACCACAGGUAGGAACCAUUUGGCCCAUCUAGUCUGCCCAAUUUUCUAAAACUUUCGUUAGUUCCCUGACCUUAUCUUAUAGCUAGGAUAGCCUUAUGCCUAUCCCACGCAUGUUUAAAACCCCUUUACUGUGUUAACCUCUACAACUUUAGAGAGAAGGCUGCAUCCACUACCCUCUCAGUAAAGUAAUACCUGAAAUUAAGACACACGCACACACCUGUUUGACGUCUUAUAAUUAGAGGAAAAACCAAGGCACAAGCUCAAAAAAUUGAAGGGGGUAAGGGAGGAGAGAAUAGCCUUGGUGAGAGGUAUCCAAGAGCUUGAUGGUCUAGAGAUCAUGUAUUGAGGUGCUAAGGACAACCAUCACUGCAACACUCCACAGGUUUGGCCUUUAUGGCAGAUUGGCCAGCCCUCUCCUUCCUGCAAGACACAUGAAAUCCUGCUUGAAAUUUGCACCUAAAGCGCACAGACUAUGAGAAACUAGGUUCACUGGUCUGAUAAAAUGAAGAUGUAACGGUUUGGCCUUAAUCCUUCGUGUCAUGGCUUCAGGAAACCUGGCACUGCUAUUUACCUGUGCAGUGCCAUCCUAGUAGGGAAUAAUGGCAUCAUGCUUCUGAGUGUUUUUAGCAGCAAAGUCUGGGAGACUGUACAGGGUUGAGGGAAAACUGAAUGGUGCAAAAUAGAUAUUCAAAACUUGGACUUGAGCACGUAGACUGGGCGGAACGUUCAGGUUCCAACAGGAGAACCCAAAGUACAGCAAAAACAAUAAAAAAUAUCUGGAGAGAGCUGAAAAUUACUGUCCAUUCAUGAUCCCAUCCAACCUGAAAGAACACCAGAAGCAUGUGUGCAAAGCCUGUUGCAUCAUAUCCAAAAAGACUUCAAAGGUGCUUCAACGAAGUACCAAGUUAAGGCUCUAAAUAUUUGUCAAUUUGAUAGUUUUGUGGGGUUUUUUUUUUUGGUUAAUAUAUUUGCAGAACUUGUUUAUUUGCUUUAUCGUUUGAGUAAUAAGUGUAGAUUGAAGUGUGAAAAAAAAAAAAAAUUUGUAGCAUAAGGUUGCAACAUGAAAAAGUGAAGGGGUCUGAAUGUCCUGUAUGUUCAUUUCCUUAAGAAAUGUAACAUUAUUUUGGUAUAGUUUUUAAAUUUGCAUGUUUUUUUUUUUUUCCUAUUCUGCACGAAUUAAUAUACAAUUCUAAGCCAGAACACCGUUUAAAAUGGAGCAUUUGUUAAAUUUCACUUCUUACUCUGUAUAUUUAAAAAAUAAAAAAUAAAAAAGGGAAACUGUCUCAAAGACAAUCAUUCAUUUUAGACCCAUAAGUCCUAUUAAAAUGGGGGGUAACAAAGUAAAUGCUAUUGUAUGAGGUUAACCAACCCAAAUUAGCCAGGAUUAGUGCAUUCCAGCUAAGCACGUGUGUCACACCAAAGAGCAGCACUGUAAUGGCUUGCUAUAUUGAACCAAAACUGCAUUACCAAGGGCAUGUUUCUAGUGCAACUAUUGAUGCUUUUCAUAGAAUGUUAAUUGUCCUACAGACCAAGAUGCUGUAAGGCCUGUCUUAAAUUUAUUUUAUCUUCCAUACAGAUAUUUCCGCCAGGAGCUCGAGCGACUGGAUGAAGGGCUGCGCAAAGAAGAUAUGGCUGUUCAUGUAAGACGAGACCACGUGUUUGAAGACUCUUAUCGUGAGCUCCAUCGGAAAUCUCCAGAAGAAAUGAAAAACAGAUUGUAAGUGGUUGGUUUUAUGUAAUGGGGAGCGUAUAUUCAUUGCCUCUAUUAAACAGGUCAUGUGUAUUAUGUUGUUCUUUGUGGAAUGCAGUAAGUAGCAUCUUGCAAAGCCUUCUCUUCAAUGUCUUGUAACUUCCAUUCAAACAGAUUUAAAAAAAUAAAAUAAAAAAAAUCCUGCACUCAAAAUUUAUUUGUCUUUUAAUUAGAUUUCAUUUUAAGCAGCACUGUCACAUAGUGUAACUUUUAUGGAACUGUCAUGUUGACUAUAUUGUAAUUUCUUUUAAAUUCCAAGAUAGUCAUAACAUAUAGAGGGGAAACCAUUACGUACAUUACCAGGGGCACAGGAGGUAAAUAAAAACACGACUAAUUCCCAAAGGUUUAUAGCAACAUUUUUGCUUAUAAAAGAGACACUUGAUUUAUUUUUGGUUAUUUGGAAGGGGUAGGAUAUAUUUCUUAAGUGGUACAGUAAAAUGUGUGCUUUAGGCAAGUUAUUUUAUGUUUAUUUGGUUCUAUAGCACAGAACGGUUUUCCUCAUAAAAACUCUUAGAAUUAUUAUGAAUGUGUCAGAAACAUUCCUUUUUGUAUUCACACAGAUACAUUGUGUUUGAGGGGGAAGAAGGCCAGGAUGCAGGUGGACUUCUCAGAGAAUGGUAUAUGAUCAUCUCAAGGGAGAUGUUCAAUCCCAUGUAUGCACUGUUCCGCACUUCACCUGGAGAUCGCGUCACUUACACCAUCAAUCCCUCAUCCCACUGCAACCCCAACCACCUCAGCUAUUUUAAGUUUGUGGGACGUAUUGUUGCAAAAGCAGUGUAUGACAAUCGGCUGCUGGAAUGCUACUUCACACGGUCCUUCUACAAACACAUCCUCGGCAAGUCUGUCCGGUAAGUUUUCUUUCAGGUUUCCCCAAUGGAGUUGCUCCUUGAAAAUAGAAGCUUCUGACUAGACGAAAAGGUUGUGUAAAUACUGAAAACCAGUUUAGAUGUCAACAUUAUAAUUUUCCUCCCCUCCCCCCUGUUUCCUGCAGGUACACAGACAUGGAAAGUGAAGACUAUCAUUUCUACCAGGGUUUGGUCUAUCUGCUGGAAAAUGAUGUCUCCACAUUGGGAUAUGAUUUGACAUUUAGCACAGAGGUAUGAAACCCUCCAGCCCUUCCAAUCUAGAGAUUACGUGGCAUAUUUUACCAGAGAUUAGUGUGUCUUCUCUUUCAUCUGUUGUGUAAAGAUUCACACAGUUUUGUGAUUAUGACCUGAUCGAAACAACAUUGAAACAUGUUAAGUCACAUUUUGGUAACUGGAAUUAGGUAUUGACGUAUUUGUGUAAUCUGCAUGAAAAAUCCUUUCCAAAAGAUUUAAAUGUAUUCAUCUGAGAUAAUCCAACUGGGACAAUUAUGUAUAAAUUAAUCUAGAUCACGAUACUUUUGCUACAUUGCCCAGGAAGCGUUCUUAAAAAAACCUCUAAAUGAUCUUUGCAACAUUUAUUAAAGGAACACUCCAGGCACUAUAAGAACAUUGCCUGAAGCUAAGGGAUCAAGCAAAUGGAUGCUUUCUUCUCAACUUUAGGGUUAUACUGUUUGUAAUUAGUUUAACCUCUUAUCUUAUGAUGAGGUUAAACUAAUCACAUGGUGCCCAGAGUAUUCAUUUGAGGUGAAUAUAGCUGCAAUGGUAAAUUAAAUGUACCUAUGCUGCUCUUUGCACUGUGGGUCACCCCCAAUCAAAGAGAAUGCACUCUAUGGCAUGCCUUCAGCAAAGCACUGCUUGUACAGCAUUGCUGGUGGUUAUAUAACUCGCAUGCUGGGCACAAUAAUAGCUUGUUUUUUUGUUUUUUUUUUAUUGGCUAUUCGACUGUGCAAAAACACUGUUCCGUUUUGUUUUUACUUUUUUUUUUCUCUCAUGUCCUCUCCUUUCUCAAUACAGGUUCAGGAAUUUGGAGUCUGUGAAGUCCGUGAUCUGAAGCCUAAUGGGGCAAACAUUCUCGUAACAGAGGAUAACAAAAAGGAAUAUGUUCACCUUGUGUGCCAGAUGAAGAUGACAGGUAUGGCAAUGAUUGUGCGCGCGUAGGGAACUCUCUACAGUGAGAAAGUCCUACUGAACCUGUAUAUUUUCUAUUGUGAGUACUGUUAAAGGAGAUUGUCUAACAUGUCUUUCUUAUCAGGUGCAAUUCGUAAACAGUUGGCUGCUUUCCUAGAGGGAUUCUAUGAGAUUAUCCCCAAACGUCUUAUCUCUAUCUUCACGGAGCAGGAGCUGGAACUGCUCAUCUCCGGCUUGCCCACCAUUGACAUAGAUGACUUAAAAUCCAAUACAGAGUAUCACAAGUACCAGUCUAAUUCUAUCCAGGUAAGGCUUUUGCCAUGCCAAUUACUAUACUAUUUUUUUAUCUUAAAGCAAAUUUACAAGAGUCGACUAUAUUGGCAAAUUUGUUGCACAGAUUUGCAGCAAACUUUCAUUUUAGUUGGAAGUCCUUAUUGAUCCGAAGCAGUUCGUUCGUAUAUUAACCAAUCAAAUGAGGUGUCAACUCUGCUGACGUUAAAGGAUCACUAUAUGCACCCAGACCACUUCAGUUUAAUGAAGUGGUCUGGGUGCCAGGUCCAUCUAGGAUUAACCCUUUCUGCUGUAAACAUAGCAGUUUCAGAGAAACUGCUAUGUUUACAUAUGGGUUAAUCCAGCCUCUAGUGGCUCUCACUGACAGCCGCUAGAGGCGCUUCUGCGCUUCUCACUGAUUUUCACAGUGAGAAGAUGCCAGCGUCCAUAAAAAAGCAUUGAUAAUGCUUUCCUAUGGACUGGCUGCGCGCCUGGCUCUUGCCGCGCAUGCGCAUUCAGCCAAUGACUGGAAAGGAGGAGGAGAUUCCCCAGCGCCAAAAAAAGGUAAGGGAUUAACCCCUCCCUCACCCUAGAGCCCGGCGGGAGGGGGGGGCCUUGAGGGUGAGGGGGACCCAAGGACCCUAUUGAGCCAGUAUGUUUUCCUGACACUAUAGUGGUCCUUUAACUUUAUUGAUCUUGGCUAUUUAACUUGUUAAAACCAUUUGGCAGCUCUUACUCUGCAGUUUGAUGUUAAAGGGACAGUUAAGGCACCAUAACUUCAUUGAAAUUAAGUUGUUAUGAUGGCAGGAGGCUGGCUCAACUUAAGGGGUUAAACCAUUCUCGAACGGUAUAACCUCAAAGUCUGCGUUCCAGCACCAAAUCUUUCUGCCUCUCUGCCCUUCCAUUAAAAUUCUCUUAAACUGAAGGCUCUUGCUGAAUUGGGCAGCAGUGCUGGGGAUUGGCUGAGAAUAGUCAGCUGACACUCUCAACCAAUUGGUGAAUUCCCAUAUUCAUUAUACUGGUUUUAAAAGGGUUCUUUCUUUUCAAGCCACUUUUCUGAAUGGGGAUUUCAGCUCUGCCAAUCAGUGGCGCCAGAACGGUAGAGAGGCAGGAAGAUUUGGCGUUUGAACGCAGGCUUUGGGGUUAUACUGCUUGAGAGUGGUUUAAACCCUUAAGGUGAGUCAGCACCAGGGACCUCCUGGCACCAUAACUUAAUUUCAAUGAAGUUGUUAUGGUGCUCUAAGUGUUCAUUUUAAGUUUAUGAAAUGAUUAGAUCCCCGUCUAAAUGAUUGCAUAUAAAAUUAAAACCCUUGGAUAUUCAAUACAUCUCUUUGAAGUACAUUUUCCACAAACUUCCCUGGUUCGCGGACACAUUUGGUCACACCAGUCUAUAGAUACGUAUAGUAAACAGACCUCUAUAGGCCUCACUCACCCCAACAUUUAUUUCUAUUUAAGUGGACAUUGGCAUAACCAGAGUUCAUGGGUAAUUGUAGCUUAUGCUAACAUAUUGUACCUAUAAUCUUAAUUUUAAUAAUGACAGGAGGCGAGUAUUUUACAUAACUUUCUUUACUUUAUGCCUCCAGCAGCACAAGUCAAUCAAUAAACUUUAAACCAAUCAGUAACAGGCAUCACAUCCAUAUAUAAAGCCCUGACAGACACAUGACUUCCUCUUUCUUUGAUACGAAAAACAGUCUAUUAGAACGUCAGGGAAUUCAAAUAACAGUCCUGAGUAACGUGUAGCACAUAACUUGAAACGAAACUUGAAACCUUCCAGCUUUAUCUUGUCGAAUCCAUCUAUGACGAUUACUCUGAAAAGAACAGAAAUACGUGAAAGGUGAUGGAAACCAACUGUUGUCCACAUUAAAUCCAGUACUAUACGUAUGUAUAUUUAUAUUAAGUUAAUAUACUGAAACAUUAAACAACCAUAGUAUACUUAAUAAUCAACACGGAUCUAACACAUGUCAACCAAAUAAGCAUCCCAUAAAUAUACUGAAUUAUCAAAACCUUAUCAUUUACACUGAGAAAAUGACAAAGCAGAAUAUAAAAAAUUUCCAGAGUACAGGGAGGGAAAAUACUCGCCUCCUGUCAUUAUUAAAAUUAAGAUUAUAGAUACACUACGUUAGCAUAAUCUACAAUGUUAGGCUUCAUAUUUUGCAUUUUUAAAGCUGUGGUAUGAGCGAGAAGGAUGCGUGUGUGGUUGACGAAAAUAAAUAUACGUAAGUAGUCUAUCCGUGUCCAAUUCAUCGCUGUAAAAUAGAGGCCCCCUCGUGAAGGCCUGAGAAGCAACCGCGCCUCUUACCGAAUGAGUACCCAAACACAUCUCCACCCUCGCUAGCGAUAACAACCAAUGAACCCAUCUAGACAGUGUUCAUGGUAACUGGCUUGUAUGGUUGGUAUAAGACCAGCAGAUGUCCUGAAUGUGACAUUCUAAGUGUUGUCGUGAUCUCCAUGUAACAAAGUACCGCUUUAACUGCACAAAGACUGGGAAACAGUCAGUAGCAGGGAACGAUACGGACGCGGAUAAGAUAUAGUUCUACGAGACACUGUAGAAAUCAUUCCUUCCGGUGAUACCGAAAAGACAGUGUAUGUCGAACUCCAGUACAUCUGAUACCCGACGAAAAGACCUAAAAGUAACGUGACUCUGGCUAACGGCUGACAGAGGAAUAGGACCGUGAUAUCUGACUAGCUCCAAAAGAACCAAAUCAAAGUCCCGCACCAGUGAUACUUUGAUGCAUGGUUCUGGGUAGUUUGAUACCCCGCAGAAAGCGGCAUAUCAAAGGCUCCUGAUCGGCCGGAGUGUCGUGAAUCGCGCUGUGCGUCGUCAAAAUAGCGGAACGUAGCUCAUUAAUGGAACUUUCCGAUCAGCCCGUAGUGAAAAGGUAUGAUAAAGAUCCAGCAUCGAGAAGAUAGGGGUAAUAAAGGGAUCACAGUCCCUUCCCAUACACCAGCGAACUCCAGAUGUUCCAUGCGGAUAAGUUAUUUUGGGGAAUACCUGGUGUUCAUGAUUCCCAUAAUAGGUCUCUAGUUGGUUGCGAUAAUCCCUUGGCAUACCAGUCUCCCCUGAAAGACACCAAUCUACCAACUCCAGAUGCUCCUGCAUUAUCAAUGGAUGAUCUCCUUUUGGAAACGUCCGAAGGCAAGUUAAAACUGAAGGAGCAGAGAAUGAUCCCGAUUAAGGACAACCCUUCUGGGUGUCACGCUUGACUCCUUUUCCACGGUAAUGAGUACUAUCGAAGUCCUCGCUAUUCUGAUCCCAAUUUCAUAGGUGUGUCCGGAUCUCAGGCAGUGAGCUUUCAGCCGCUGUCUGGCCCGGUAGUGAAGCGGUCCUCGGAAAUAGUCAAAGGGUUAUGGUGCCUUUCCACCGUACCCGUCGAAUUUCCUUACGAAUCGUCGCUAUCAAUGAUGUGAAAAGGUGUAAUCCGCCCAAGGUGGAAUCUAUUCCGAAGAAGAGGAACUGAAUCACUCGGAACUGGGAUCGAACCGACUCCUCUCUGUUCACUAUGAAUUCCAACAAUUCCCGAAACUGUAAACAUAAAUCUCGUUUGUAAACGUAGUCAUGAAUUGGAUUUGCAAAAGGUAAGUCGUCUAGGUAUGCGUGACAGACUUCAGAAACUUCAUGAGGCACCAUGUGAACCUGUAGGUAAGUGCCCUUCAAGUCCAACUUUGUAGAUCCCCCUAAGAGAUGGAUACCUUCCUUCUUGAGUUGUCGGUACGCCCCAAAACCUUUGGGUUGGCGUAGGUUGAUGACUGGGCGAUAGUCUUUCUUCCUUACUACCAAACCGUUGCUGAGAUAAAUGGUUCUCCAAACGAUAGUCCGUCCGCCUGAGGUCCUCGCUCUUUCGUCCCUAACUUCAAUAGUUUGAAAUCCAUCUUUAAUCGGGCUGCUUUGCGCCGUUCUGUGUACCUGUCUGCAUUGCGUUCCCCAACCUACAUAUUGCCCUUUGCACCCAUUCCCACACAUCGUGAGCUUCUAGAGGGGAGUCUUGGGUGGGGUCAGGUCCGCAAAGUAUAGAAUUUUUUCCCGAGCUGAUCAUAUCCAGUAUUUCAUCUUAACUCGUUUUGAGUCGUCCUCCUCCACCUUUACAUGGACCCCGGCCUGAUCGGGACAUACAUAUCACCACGAGCUCCAUGGUGAGGACUAUCUUGUUCGGACAGAGAGGGCGUGGGCAUUCCAUCCUGAGCUUAUCUCGGAUUUCUUUUCCCAUAGGCCUCCUGAGCCAGAAGUGGGCAAAGUGUGCCCGGUGCUCCGGUUAACCCCAUUCGGAUGACCCUGGGUGUCGGAUGGUGCGUGAGUCAAAACAGGAGUGUCCAGUGUGCCAAGGAAAACCCUUUCUUGCUAGGCGGGUCUUGUCACUUUUACCUCUUCAGAUGAGACUCUUCUGCCCUCCAUUCUUUCAUGAUCUCCUGAGAAGGGGGGGGAUGAAGUCCUUGUCCCCUGAUGAUGGGUGUCCGACCUAACGUCGGUAUCUCAAUCUUCCAUUGGUGUUGGUGCCGUUGCACCCGCUCUGUCGGAUGGGUUGUUAGCCAGCAUACUGGCGAGGACUUCUUCCCCCGCAGCUGCCAUGGCGGUCUUAAUCCUCGCCUGAAAAUCGGUCAGGGAUAUUGAGGGAAGUCCGACAUGUUGGUUCACACCCUUUCGGUCUGUGGGAGACAACAGUACACUUAUUGCCACUCAGUGGGCCUCUGCGUAUAACUGGGGGUCACCCAGAAUUUUGAUCAAUCGGUAUCACUUUCGCAGGAUCCGGGGAGUGGUCUGAGAAUGAGGACACACUCAGUAAGACCGGGAUGAGUGGUCUGCAAUGUCGGGACGUAGCCAGAGUCUGGGAGACGGGAAAGCCUCAAUAUGUAUAGUCCACGGGGUUCAUCCUCAUAUGGUCUAGAAUUGUGGAGUUUUGGCAGCACUGUGAGUUCUCCUUCUCGGUUAAGGGAAGGGCGUACGGAACCCCAGUUGAAACAUAGAGGUGUCGGAAUACAUGCAUCUAGUGCGCCCUAGUCUGUGAAUACAAUGACAGAGCGUACUCUGAAGGUAGAAACCCUAGAAAGGGCGCGGGGGGUCACCCCAUCCGGCAGGGGGGUCACCCCUUUGUACCUAUGCCACUAGCACCGGAGUAAGACUCGCUUGGGGGUCCCACAACGUUGGGGGGUCACCCUUGUAUGAAUGUCUUUUAUGGCAUGUUGGGACACACUUUCGGUCUAUGGGGUACCGAACAGGUGUCAGGUACAGUAGUACACUUAUUGCCACUUAGUGGGCCUCCACGUACGACUGGGGGUCACCCAGAAUUGUUUCAAUCAGUAUCACUUAGAGAUUUCCUGGGAGUGGUCUGAGGAGGGGGUCACCCUCAAUAUGAGCGGUCAGUAAUGUCGGGACGUAGCCCGUGUAUGGGGAGGUAUGGUAGCCUCCAAAUUAUCCAAGGGGUCACCCUUAUAGGAUAUAGUACUGUGGAGAAUUGGCAGCACCGUGAGCUCUCCUUCCUGGCUCUGUCGAUAUGUAUCCAGUGUAACCCGGUCUGUGCAUACAGUAACAGAUCGUACUCCGUGAAUAUGAGCCCGUCCUAGGGCGUGGGGAUCCCACCAGUAUGUUUGUCACUAGUACCGGAAUAAUAUUCGCUUGGGGUUCACCCAGCGUAGGGGGACCACCCCAGUAUAUGUAUGUAACUAGGACAGGAACCAGAUUCGCUUGGGGGUCACCCAGCAUAAGGGGGGGUCACCCCUGUACCACACUGUCACUUGGAGAGGUGUCUGCCACGCUUGCGGGGUCUCCCAGCAUAAAGGGGGGGGUCACCCCUGUUAAUCACUCCAUUAUGUGCCUCCACUACUGUGUCCAGGGAGGUGUAUCCCUGUGGUGGAGUGUAUCCAAUGGUUGUGAGGUCCAGUGGGAGAAGGGAGCUGAGUAAGUUAUCAGCUCUAUUUAAUUUCCCUUCCAGCAGAUAGAGUAAUGCAUCCACUAUAUGCCCACAGCAGGGGACAGUCCAUUCCUAAUCCUCCAGAUGUACAAUAAAACUGUUGUUCAACAUGUCAAUUGUAUAGAACAGAAUAGAGCAAACUGCCAGCAGACAUGAGUACUGCAUCCACUAUGUGCACACAGCAGGGAUCAGUCCUACAUAUUCAUGCAGAGUUACAUAUAAAACUUUUAUUUCACAUGCCAAUGAAAUAUAACAGUAUAGAGCUCAGCAGUGAACAGUCCAUUUAUAAUCUUCCAGAAAAGGUACAAAUUAAACCUUUAUUCCACAUGCCUAUGAUAUGUAACAGUAUUGAGCUCAAAAGUACUUGUAAAACUUGUAUUUCACACGAAAAAUAUAUGAAAGUACCGAACUAGCUGCCAGUUCGUGGGAAUCAUGAACUGGCCAAACGACAUGGCCGACGUGAGUCUCGCGAGUGCCGCGAGAUUAAAGAUGGCCGCCGUUCGCGCGCAAAAAGUUGCGAGCGGCCCGCGAUCGAGGAUACCAUGGAAUAGUCCCCCAGAGACCUGCCCUGAAGUCCCAGCACCAAUGAUAAAGCGUGUCCGUGGUAAAAUGCCGUGAUCGCAGAGACCAGAGUAAAGCAUAGGAAAGAAAAGGUACCAGCAACAGAAAACAGGCUAAUAAAGCAGAAAAUACAGGGUUAAUUCGGGGGAAGAGUAACGGGGAGAAUAUCACACUAUACAAGUCCAAAUGGAAGGCAAGUGCAAAAUAAUGAAAAACAUUUAGGCCAAAAUUGCAGGACGAGCUAAUAAAGUUUAACAAAAGUGGCCCUGCAUAUCCAGAAACAGUUUGGAGCAAAAACUGAAUGUCUAGCAUUAAAAAUCUAACUAAAGUUACCAUAGCAAUAUUAAUAAAAACAGUUGGAGCAAACUGAAAGUCAAGAUAUAAAGUUUAAUUAAAGAGACCAUUGCAAUAUCCAGAAAACCAGUUAGGAUUAAAACUGAAUGUCUAGCAUAAGGUGUCUAACUACAGUGACCAUAGCAAUAUUAAUAAAAACAGUUUGGAGCAAACUGAAAGUUAAGCAAUAAAUGAUUAGCUAAUGACAAUUGCAAUAUCAGAAACAGUUUGGAGCAAAAUAUUCUCACCUGUGCCUUGGCUGGUAAGCAGCAAAGAAAGAGGAAGUCAUGCGUCUGUCAGGGCUUUAUAUAUGGAUGUGAUGCCUGUUACUGAUUGGUUUAAAGUUUGAUUGACUUGUGCUGCUGGAGGCAUAAAGUUAAGAAAGUUAUGCAAAAUAUGAAGCCUCCUGUCAUGUGCUAAAAUUGGGAACAAAACAUCUCUACCCUGCUGCUUCUCAGAUUAGUAGAAACCAAGGCAUACAUUUCUGAGUUUCUUCUAGUUCUUCUAUAGUGGAACUGUGUGGCAUGUAGAGUAGAUUCAGUGUGGCCCUCCAGGUUGUGUUACUUGUACUGUAGGUUUAAGUGACUUCUGAUAAGUGUUCAAUAUGUGUUUUAUUUCUUACAGAUUCAAUGGUUCUGGAGAGCACUGCGUUCUUUUGAUCAGGCUGACAGAGCUAAGUUCCUUCAGUUUGUGACUGGAACGUCUAAGGUUCCUCUACAGGGCUUUGCAGCUCUAGAAGGAAUGAACGGCAUCCAGAAAUUCCAAAUACACAGGGACGAUCGAUCCACAGACAGGCUGCCUUCUGCACACACAUGGUAAGAAUCCGAAUAAGAGAUUGACUUUUAGGUAUCCUAUAAAUGUUUGCUUUAAGGUGCCAUGUGCACUAGUACUACCAAAAUAUUUAAAGGUUGUCUGGGUGCAGUGUCCCUGUCCUUUUAAUCCUGCAAUGUAAAACAUUGCAGGUUUUUAGAAACUGCAAUAUUUAAAAAGCAGGUGUCAGUCCACCUUUAGUGGCUCAGUAUAACAGUCAGUGCAGCUAAAGCACCUCUACUGGCUGUCAUGUGACGCAGAAGUGCCUACAGGAAAGCAUUAGCUCAAGGAGAUGUUUGUGUCCGUGACUUUUGGCGACCAUAAUUAAAUCUCUAUAUAAUGAGCUCGAUAACGUUUGGUAACUUGUAACUCAUUGCAGGUUUAAAACGGAUUUGUCAUUUUCAUUCUCUUUGCAUGUUAUAUAUUUUAACAUUUGAGUUUAAGAAAAUUGAGUCUGUGUGCUAUCCUAUUAAACCAAUUUUUUUGCUGUUUAGUUUCAACCAGUUGGACCUUCCAGCCUACGAGAGCUACGAAAAGCUACGUCACAUGCUGCUUUUGGCCAUCCAGGAGUGCUCUGAGGGGUUUGGCCUAGCCUAGGAAGGUCUUCCUGUGUUUUUUUUUUUUCUACUGUUGGACUUUAGUGAGAGAUUAAGAAAAAUAAAGCCAUGCAUCGAUCUCGCUCACCCUGCUGGCGCCAAGAAGAGGGACUUGCCUUCUGAAGUUGCCGUCUGUUUCACUUCCCUUCUGAUGGUGAAGUGUCUGUGCUGAGACUUGAAAAACACUGCUCGGAGGGACAUGGAGAACAGAGAGGAGCAGGGGGAAAAAUUAUAUAUAAAUAUAUAAAUAUAUAUUUUUUUCUGUUUUGCUUUUCUUCAGUUUUGCUUAAGGAUGAGUUAUGAUGCUCAACUUUUCCAAAAGAAAAGCUCCGACCGCAGGGUUAAAGAGGCUGGUGAAGUUAAAUGGUAAAAAAAAAAAAAAAAAUUUGAAAAAAGGCGAACUGAUUAAAGGUCUGAAAACUAGAGCACUCUUGUUAAGAAAUAGCCACUACUCCCGACGCUAUUUUUUUUUUUUUCUCCGCUUCAAAUAAAUUACUGAGGUGUUUACCUGUAAAUAAACCACUGAAUGGAAAAUAACCCUAUUGAUACAUUUUUUUUUUUUUUUUUUUAUAUUUAAUUUUAUGCCCCUCUCUGUUGGUGCUUGGAAUGUUGGGAUGGGGUGAGCAGUUGUAGUAGAGCCAAAUCCAGGAGGGAGUUGGCAUUUUUGCAGUUCUGGGAACAUACAUCUAGUAAGCUAAGCUGCCUAUUGGAGGAGGUAGGGGGGAAAUAAAUUAAAAUAAAAAAUAAAAAAACUUCCAUCUUCCUGGAAUCUACUUUGUGUGAAGUUAAAAGGAUAAGGAGAAAAGUUAUGCUGUUUUCCUAUUUUGUUUUUCUAGUUUUGUUUUUUUUUUUUUUUCUUAUUUUAGUGGUUUUUUUUUUUCAUUUCCAGGUAGAAUAAUUUACAUAGAAAUGAAAAAGUAAACUGGAAAACAAUUCAGCUAAGGUUAAUUUUGUUUGGAUUUUUUUCCUCCCCGCAAUACCCUUAUAUUUAUUCUUUAUCCUUAAUGAUUUAAUGUUUGGACUGCUAGGAUUUUCUGAUUUUGGAUUUUUUUUUUUACAUUUCUCAAAUCAAAAUAAAAAAGAUGAAGAAAAAAUACACAAAGGGUUUCUCUGCAAGUUUUCAGACUUUGAGGAGAGCUUGUGGCUGAAGUUGUUGUGUGCUGUGAUUUUUGGAGGGAGGUCUGAGGUGUAGUAGUAGAUCCGGACGAAGUUAUUGGCGUUUUUCUGCCAGAUCUUAUUCUUCGCCUGCCAGUCUUGGUUCACAUCCCACAUGCUGUGCACGAAAUAGGGAUUAAGCACUUCUGUCAACUAGACCAUUCGGGAGUUAAUGCAAGUGGUUAAAUAAAGGUUUAGUUUGAAAGCCAAUGAGUUAUGGAUUCUUUGUCGGAAUAAAAAAACAUUGUACCUUUUAAAAUACACCCUGUUUAUUAUUGUGCCAUAAUUUCAUAUCAGACCAAGCCCUGUAAGCAUGAAACUGCAAAUAUGCCCAAAUUACUUAUUACAAUAUUUGUAUACAAAUAUGGAAGGUUAUUUUCAAAUCUGGAAAUAAUUUGUCACUCAUCGGCCAAAUACACAUCAUGCCCUCCCUCUCACUGGCC